AGACUCGCAGCCGACAAGGAGCCGACAACCCAGGCGGGUUGCCGCUCCGUCGGGGCGCCGCUGCGCUUUGCACAGCUUUUUGCAGAGCGAGCCGGGUAGCACAUGCGAGCUGCGCUCUCCUUUCUCUUUCUCUCUCGGAUCUCCCUCCCUCUUUAGAAAUCGCGGAGGGAGGCGGCGGAGGCUUUGCAAGGCCGGACGAGCCAUGGGGGGGCCCGUGGGCUUGCCCGCCCUCCCUCCUCCUUGCAGCCCCCACCCCUUUCCUCGGCGUCUUUAAGCAGCAGCGGCAGAAGGAGGAGAAGAAGGAACGGCGCGCCUGGGCGCAUCGGCGAGGAAGAGGAACGCGCUGCUGCUGUUGUCGGCGGCGGCGCCCUGGCCAUGGGGCGCUUCUUCGCCCCCGGAGGAUGAGGUGGUGGUUGGGACUGCGGCUCCUGCGGCGCCGGGAGCUGCCCGCUGGCUCCCGAUGAGCGACUGGAAGGCGGGGAAACGGCAUCGGAGGAUGGCGGCGGGUCUCCUGGCGUGCAAAGGCCCCCGCACCCGGCUGCCGGUGGGCGCCAGCGCCCUGGGCUUCUUUGUCCUCUGCUGGCUGUACAUCUUCCCCGUCUACCGGCUGCCGGACGAGAAGGAGGUCGUGCAGGGAGUCCUGCUGCAGCAAGGCAGAGCCUGGCGGAGGAACCGCAGCGCCGUGGCCGGAUUCAGGUGAGUGAGUGCCAGCCGGGCAUCACUGGCGGGCUGCGCAGCUGGGCAGCCCAAGGGCACACGGGGACACCCAGCAGCAGGGAAGGGCGCGCUUGCCUCUCCUUCGCAGGAGGCCGGGGCUAGCCCUCGGGAUGAAUCCUGCCUCCCCUUCGUCACGCGCCUUUAUUGAUAAGAAGAAAUUAAAAACUUGAUGGAGCGUAGGACAUUUCCCCCUGCAGAGCUUUCCUUCUGGCAUCCCUCCUGGCUUCAGUAGAUACUGAUUUCCAAACAGGCAAGGGUGCGUCAAUUUUUGGGUAGGGUGGCUUUAUUUUUACAUCGCCUUUAUUGGAGAUCCUCUUCCCCCAAAACAGUAACCCCGAGCUAAUUCGUCGGCAUAAGAAGCGAAGUCAAGUUGUGACACUGCAGCUUUGCAGAACGAACUUCCGCAGGAUGGCAGCCUGAGCGGAUGGAAAUGAUGGGCUUAUCUGUAUCAGAGCGAGAGAUAAAGCAUGUGACCUUUUAGAAAUACUCACCAGGCUGCAAUGCUGGGCUGUGUGCGGGAGAGGUAGUUUUCAAAGCAUUGAAAAGGACAUGCCGGACAAGUUUGCUCCGGAAGCCUUGUGGAAGGAUGCCGCUGGCUGCUAGAAUGCUGUUAUUUACAAAGCAAAGAUAUUAAAGCCAUAAAGAGCAGAAUGUGCUGCUGUGCUGUCAAUCAAAGGGUCUGCAAGGGUGCCAGGAAGGCCACCUUGGCGGCACAGCACCCUUUGAUUACACAUCAGAGCAGCUGGAGAAGACAGGCCGAAAUGUUUUGCAAUCCCUCUCUUUUGUUUGCUGCUGCCAUCUUCCUGUAUUGCCCUUGUGCCAAAUCUGAAUAAAGGAGAUACAAAGAGUACUAUUGGAGAUUUUGUUUUUUGCUGGGGGGUGCGUGGGUGGGCGCAAGAGGAAGGGAAAGCUGGUUGCAAGAAUUUCCGAUCUAUUCUGUCUGGCCUACAAAUUGUGUGGCCGGUUUCCACCCGCCACGUGCUGCCUUCGCAAGCUGAAUGCAAAGAUUAUUGCUGCCCUGUCCUUUAUUUCCCUGACCUCUGGUUCAUAUUUAUUGAAUGCACGAACCCUGGACUCCCGGGUCGUAGUGAAACACUUGAUAACGGCUAUACCGCACUGGAGCUUGGAUACGCCUUCUUCGAUACACCUCCCUUCUUUUGUUCUCUCUCUCCCCCUCCUUUCUUGUCUGUGCCACUGUCUCUACAUGUACAUUUUCUUACUGGGGACCCACCUCUGAAGUUUGCCACAUUCAGUACUGGCAAAACUGCAGGGAUUACCUCCCUGUCUGCUGCCCCGGUUGUGUGAAAGUGGCAGAGAAUUGCUGGCGAAGGGGGAGGUUGAAGUGUAAUGGUCUUGCUUGGGUUGUGGGCAGAGGGUUUGGCCAGGGGACAGAUGGGGUUUUGGAGUUUCACAAUGCUACCCUCCUUCACCUUUUUCAGUAAUUCAUAAUAUAUACGUUGUUGGAUUUAUCGCCCAGCCACCCCCACAACUCAUGGUCCGUAUAAACAAUAGCACGUUGUCUAUAUCAAAAUACAUUUAUCCCUAUAAAUGUAUAGGGUGGCGCUGUGGUCUAAACCACUGAGCCUCUUGGGCUUGCCAAUCGGAAGGUCAGCGGUUCGAAUCCCUGCAACUGAGUGAGCUCCCGUUGCUCUGUCCCAGCUCCUGCAAACCUAGCAGUUCGAAAGCAGGCCAGUGCAAGUAGAUAAAUAGGUACCGCUGUGCCAGGAAGGUAAAUGGCAAUUCACGGUGUUCUGUUGUGCCAGAAAGUGGUUUAGUCGUUCUGGCCACAUGACCCAAAAAGCUGUCUGUGGACAAACACUGGCUCCCUCAGCCUGAAAGCGAGAUGAUCGCCACAACUCAAUAGUUGCCUUUGACUGGGCUUAACCAUCCAGGGGUCCUUUACCUUUACCUUUUUACAUUUAUCCCUAUAUCUAAAUACAUAUCUGCAUUUAUCAUUCCAUUUCUAAUUCAUUUAUCCCUAUAUCUUUUUUGAUAUCUUUUUUUAAUUGAAAGAUUUUCCAUAAGUAAUAAAAGUGCGUUCAAUGUCUCUGUUAGCAUUUCCCUUGACUCUCCCUCCUGCUUCCCUCCACAUCAUUCACUCCCUCCUCCCCAGAGACUAGCCCUUCUCCCCCCCCCCACGCUGCCGAGAGGAAAUGACAGUCCUGAGCUGAUUCAAGUCUACUUUGUUUUCCUUUCAUUUCUAUUUCCUCUGCAAUUGGCCUACUCCAGAUGUUUCUGGAAGAUCUCUCUCCCCUGCUCCACAUGCCUCCAACCCAACCUCAAUACAUCAGAUUUAUGAUUUUUAAUCUCCUGUGUCCAGUCCUCACCUUUGCCACAGAUUCUUCCUAUUCAGCCUUUGGCCGUGCAGGAUCACUCUGUAAAAAGGGCACAAGAACAGCAGUGCAAACUAUAAAGCAAAUGUGCUCAACUUAUAAAGCAGGCAAAAAGGUAAAGGUAAAGGGACCCCUGACCAUUAGGUCCAGUUGUGACCAACUCUGGGGUUGCGGCGCUCAUCUCGCUUUAUUGGCCAAGGGAGCCGAUGUACAGCUUUCGGGUCAUGUGGCCAGCAUGACUAAGCCGCUUCUGGCGAACCAGAGCAGCGCACGGAAACGCCGUUUACUUUCCCACUGGAGCGGUACCUAUUGAUCUACUUGCACUUUGACAUGCUUUCGAACUGCUAGGUUGGCAGGAGCAGGGACCAAGCAACGGGAGCUCACCCCGCUGCAGGGAUUCGAACCACCGACCUUCUGAUCGGCAAGUCCUAGGUUCUGUGGUUUAAGCCACAGCGCCACCCGCAUCCCUAUAAAGCAAGUACGUUGCAUUAAUUAGGAAUGGACCAUCGCCCUAUGUGUUUUCAAUUAAAGUGAAAGCUGUCACGAUCCGUUGAAUAGAGGCACAAGGAUUCCUGACCCAUCUUUGCCACAGAGUCAUUCUGCGGCCUGAGGCGAGUCACAUUCUCAUUCCCACUCUCACCCUCAGUUCCCUUACCUGUAAAAUGGGAGCAAUAGAGAACACCAUAGGAUUCUUAUGGGGUGGGCCCAUUUUGAAACAACAACAAAGCAAUGAAGUGCUUUGCAAGCAGUGUUUUACAAGAACAUUCCAUGUUCACACCCUGUAGUCCAUCCACAAGGCAGGCCCCCAAACAUUCCCAUUUUACAGAUGAGAAACUGAGGCCGGCAUAAAAAUGUGUCUUGCCAGAGGUUGCGCAAUUAGACAGCUGGGAAAGCUGAACCCUCUCCAUGUGAAUAAGAAUGACUAUAUUGGCUCUGGCAGUAUCUUUGUCAGAGUCACUGGGAAGAAAAUCAACAAUUUAGGGCUGAGCAAAACAGGCCCAAAGAACAGAUCGAACUCUUUUUCCCCCAAGGCCCUUGGAAUUGGCUGAGCAAAGCCAUGAGCUCCUGAUCAGUUCAAGGCUUGCCUUUCCCUUUUUUAUUAAGAAAAACUCCUGGAGCAAUGGGGAGAUGCUUAAUGUCAGCCAUGGGGAAAGGCUGGAGGGGAGGACUGGGAAAAACAUGUUCCCUGCUUGACACACUGAUCAGUGUGCUCUUGGAGCAUGGCCAGCACCUGUCUCCCUGCUCCACGGAAGCCUUGGCUUGGAUGAAUGUCUAUGCAGUCUGCAUUGCGUGGCCUGCCUUUUGCCGUUUACUCUGUUGCUUGGCGCCGAGCCAAGAUUCCCUCACUCCCUCCUGGGCCACCAGCCAAUCCCACAGAGAUGGGACGAUGGGAUAGGUGAACCCUCACCCAGCUCAAAAUCUUCCAUCUAAGGGUCAGAGAGCUGUGCUCAAAUGGGCACAAACUGCCCCAAAGUCCAGGUUUCUCACAUGCACGAUAUUGUUAAUAUUGGAGGGCAAGGGAUCACCGUUGGAGAUAAGCGCAGAUCCUAGUGCUGGGGCUUUAUCGCCUCUCUCGGCUCGGACACACUUGGAGUCCGAAGGGUUUUCGUGGUCAAAUCACGGCUGAGGAAUGGAUCCAGUACCAAGAUACGUUGACCAUGGAGCUGGUCAUUGCUGGUGGUAUUUGCACUCCUGCCUGACUACGAAGGCGAGAGGGUUGACACCCCCCAUGUAGCAGAAGGUUUUUACGCAAAAUGGGCCCGGUUCAACUCGCAUCAUCUCCUGGCAGGGCUGGGAAAGACUCUCUGGAGGGCUGCUGCCAGCCUGGGUAGACAGUACUGUGCUAGAUGGACUAAUGGCUUGACUCUAUAUAAUUUCCUAUGAGAUAGACUGCUUGUGGCUAUGGAGGGUCCAUUUAGCUAUCACGGCUAAAAAACAUCGAGACCCCCUGUGAAUGUGUUCAGUCUUUUUUAAAAAGCUAGUAAACUAGAAUCUUCCGUAAAGAAUUAAUAAAAUCUUUCCAUUUAUUAUCAUGUAUUCAUACUCUGAGCUAGUAAACUAGAGUCUUUAAAAAAAUAAUAUUUUUUUAUUAUGUACUCCAAGCUAGUAAACUAGAAUCUUUUUAAAAAUAAUUAAUAAAAUCUUUUAAUUUUUUUAUUGUGUAUUUAUACUCCAAGCUAGUUAACUAGAAUCUUUUUAAAAAUAAUUAAUAAAAUCUUUUAAUUUUUUUAUUGUGUAUUUAUACUCCAAGCUAGUUAACUAGGAUCCUUUAAAAAGAAUUAAUAAAACCUUUUAUUUUUUAUUAUUAUUACACACUCAUACUCCAGGCUAGUAAACAUGAAUCUUUUAAAAAGGAAUUAAUAAAAUCUUUUAAUUUUUCAUUGCAUACUUGCACUCCGUCUUUUCGCAAGCCCACUCUUUGGAGGGUAUGUGAUGCUGCUGCAAAGCUUUCCAUAGGCAACUGUUGGACUAAUUGGGACUUUGGCCUGAUUCAGCACAGCUCUUGGUAUCUUCUUUUGCAAUAUUGGUACCAAAUUUACACCUUAAAUGUAAAUGGGAUAAUCCAUUUAAGUAACAGCACUAAGAUCCUACUGACUUGGACAAACUCAAGCUUCCAUCUAUAUGUGGCACAGAAGUUUCGCCUAUAUAAAUCUGGCACUGUGUUAAAUAGACUCAAGGAUUUUACCAAGGGCCUGCCGGCGAUCAGUUUUACACUGUUAUUCGCAAAAGGGACUGCACUGGUUUUUUGCCCGCUUUCUGUUGGAACAUUGAUAUCUUCUGGUUUAAAACAAUGGGAAUAAGUGACCUGUUAAGACGAGACUUCUCAGACCAGAAUCACAGCUUAGAUUAACCUUGCAGUGUCUUGUAGUAGUGAAUUUUGUAUCUCAAGAGCGUUCAAAGAGACCUGCUGGAUCAAAGCAGACUCCCAUCUCGCCCAUCAUCCUUUUCUCACAGUGGCUAGCCAGAUGUUCCAGCCCACAAAUGAUAAAUUGGUACCUUGGGAGUUUUUUGGGGGUCUUUAUGUUUUCUUCCUGAAACUUUUUGCAACUCAGGUUUAUUGGAUAGUCCCUAAGCUGUAGUUUUAUGUGAGGGAGAGAGGCCUUCCACCUUCUGCAUUCUCUCCAUGAUGACGCAUUCCUCACCUGUCACAUCCAAUUUAUGGAAAAACCUGGAGGUUUUCCAGAACCGCGACCAUUUCUAUUUGGACAGGCAUUUUCUGUUAAGGAGAGAAAAACAGCUCAAUGGAAGAACUUCUGCCCUGUAUGCAGAAGGCCCCAGGUGUCUCCAGGUAGGGUUGGGGAAAACUAUCUGAGACCCCAGAGAGUUGGUGAUAGUCGGAGUAGAUCAGAAGUGUAUAUAUAUAUAGACACGGGUGGCGCUGUGGGUUAAACCACAGAGCCUAGGACUUGCCAAUCAGAAGGUCAGCGGUUCGAAUCUCAGCAACAGGGUGAGCUCCUGUUGCUCAGUCCCUGUUCCUGCCAACCUAGCAGUUCGAAAGCAUGUCAAAGUGCAAGUAGAUAAAUAGGUACCACUCUGGCGGGAAGGUAAACGGCAUUUCCUUGCGCUGCUCUGGUUCGCCAGAAGCGGCUUAGUCAUGCUGGCCACAUGACCCGGAAGCUGUACGCCGGCUCCCUCGGCCUAUAGAGCGAGAUGAGCGCUGCAACCCCAGAGUCGGUCACGACUGGACCUAAUGGUCAGGGGUCCCUUUACACACACACACACACACACACACAAUAUCAUUUUCAACAAUUAUUAAACAUACUUUUAUAUCUUAUACAAAUCUGAAAAUUUUCCAAUCUUUUCACUUUGUUUACAUUUCUUACUUUCACUAUUACAUUUAAAUAUCAUAACUAAUGUCUCUCUUCUUUCUCUUCUUUGCAAUAUUUCAUAUAUUCUUCCUUACAAACUUCUUGUAGUCCUACUAGCGUAAUUUGUUGAUUACAGUUGCUCUUCAAAUAGUUUGUAUAUUUCUUCCAAUCUUCUGUAAAUCUCUGGUCCCACAGCUUUCGAAUCCUUCUUGUCAUUUUAUCCAAGAUCAGAGGUUUUCAACCUUUUUGGGUCCACAGCUCCCUUGUCCAACUACAUUCUUUCCGCGGCAUCCCUGUGGGGCUCAGGAGCUCAGUUAUGACACCCCUUGCCCGCAGAGCCGGCAGCCCCUCACCCUUUUUCAAAUACCCUUCCCUUGUAGAGUGUUCCCACAGCCUCCUCCCCUCUUCCUUCUCAUUGGGAGUCCUCCAGGCAGCUGCUGCUGCCCCCCGGUCUCUGAAUUGCCCCCUGCCCCAAAGAGAGGUGCCCACAGGGGCCUGGGAAGCACCCCCUGGUCAGCCCCAGAGGCACCAUUUGCCUGAGGACCUUAUAGCAAGGGCUGCUUCAACAAGCAGCUGUGCAAGCCUCUGGGAGGUAGAGACACAAGAGGGCAUCAGAGGAGGGAGGGAAGGAAAGAGGGACAGAGACCAGGAUCACCCACGUCACCCCUGACCAUCAUUCAAGGCACCCAGGGGUGCUACUGCACACUGGUUGAAAACCACCGAAGUAGACAGUACUGAACUAGAUGACAAGGGAUUUAAAUCUAUGGCACUUGAUCUUUGGCAUGUUUUAAUUAUUGCAUUGUUUUCUACUCCACUGCACAAUUUGUCAUUCGUACACAUGCAGAAAGGCGAGAUUCCUAAGGGCUGUUUGCACUGAACGCAUCUUGGAUGUGGGUACCAGUUUCUUGUAGGAACUUAUGCAUGUCCUGCGUGCUUGCAAGAACACAUGAUGGACACACACAGAACUACCUCUUAUAUGCAGGUUGAGUCUGUCACAAAGGAUGAUGAUCUAUUAAACUUAUUAGUUGCUUCUCACCCGAAGGUCUCCAAGCGACUUAUAGUAAAAAAUAAUAAUACAAUACAAUACAAUACAAUACAAUACAAUACAAUACAAUACAUAAUACCAUAGUUCACCCUCCACAAAGCUACAGUUCCCUGCACCCAUUGCAAACUACAGUUCUGAGAAUUCUCUUUAUCUCUUUCUUUUCUUCUUUAUUUCUUUCCUUUUUCACCUUUAUUUCUUUUUCUUCUUUAUUUCUUUUCUUUUUCACCUCUCCUCAACUGCCUUUCCUUCACAUUCCUCCUUUAACAGAGAGAGAAAAAGGAUAAUCUCCAUAAUUCUUCUUUUUGAAACUCUACUUUUAGAAAACAUUAAGGGUUUCAUCCAAGAAACAAUGUAUUUAUAUAUAAUCUUGGCUUCCAAACAUUCAAGUCACAACUUGCUAUAAUGCAUAAGAUGUUAUGAUUAUAUGUUAUUGCCAUAAUCACACCAUAUACUUAAAAGGGCUAUGAUACCAUAAAAGCACAUUGUAUCACACACAGUAUCACAAAAGUGCUUUAAAUGCACGGUGCGACACACGGCCUGUGUUGGUGUGUUUUCUGUGGCGCCCUGUACUUUUGUUUCCAAAUUCCCUCAGCCAGAUCCCUCUGAACCCCUUCAAACCAGCCUCUGCCAACUGCGCACUUUAUAGAUGUUGCUCACAUCUCACAUUUGCCAGUGUUCAAAAUUAGCCAGGCGUGUUUUGCUACUGGCACAGGUCCAGUUGCGAUUACGUGAAGAUUUCUGGGCACCAGCUUGGCAACCACAGUUUACAAACCUCUGCCUUAGUCCGUAGUUAAUAGCAUGUCCAAUUCCCUUGUGUGUGUGUUUCUCCUUCUUGCGUACUGGGAAGAGAGAAUUGUUGUAAGAGCAAGCUACAGUCAAGCAAUGUAGUUGAGAUCGUAGAAUUGUAGGGUUGGAAAAGGACCCCAAUCCCCCUGGCAAAUAGACAUUCCCUUGUUGGGACUGUAACCUAGGAUUAAGGUGCUAUUUGGAGCCUAGCUUAUAUAUCUCAGUUUCUAACACUGCCUUUAAACCAUGCUUUAAACUUGCACAGUCCCCCACUGGCUGGGGGAUGGAAGGCUGGCUGAAUGGUGAAAAUUAAGUUCAAACUCACCCUCUUCUGAAUGUGUUUGUUGUAAUCGCCUUGGUUCUUUCUGAUCUCCUCUCAUUGGCUAUGCUAAAGUUUUCUUUUGGGGAGACGUUGCAUGGGACUGGGGGAACUUGUGGCCCUCCAGAUUCUGGGGCUACAACUCCCACUAGCCCCAGAAAGCAUGGCCAAUGGUCAGGGUUGAUGGGCGGUGUAGUCCAGUAACACCUGGAGUUUCCACGCCCUGCAUUCCCAAAGAAUGACUGAGUCAUCCCUUACUUGUUGGCAUGUUGUUUGUCUCGAGAGACAGUGGAGUAUGCCUCUGGGGGUGAAGUCAAACCAUAGAAUCAUAGAAUUGUAGAGUUGGAAGGGACCCUGAGGUCAUCUAGGCAGGUGUGCUGGGCCCAGGGGUUAACCCGAGCAAUGCGGUCCAGGUCCGGUCCCAAAUCCAAGGAUUCCGCGAGGAGUCAGUCCGACAGGGCCAAGGCAGGACACAAGGUAGGAAACCAGGCAAGGUCAGGCACAGGGUCUCAGGCAGGUUCUAGCAAACAGCAAUGUUGCUCCCGCAACCUGGGGCGGGGUCCAACAGCCUUUUAUCUUUGUCGGGGUAACGGCCGGUCCUGAUCCCCCAGUGACUCACCUCCCUGUUUCGCCCGAAGGCGAGCCCUCCUCCUGCGAGUACUCAGGUCUCUCCUUCUCUCAGACCUUAGUGUCUGCAGCUUGGGAGAUGUUGGUGGGUUACUAGACCCAGAGGCCGUCUCAGCCUCUCCUGACCCAACUGGUAGUGGAGCAGCUGUAAGUGAUGGCCCAGCUGAAGGCAACGAGGUAAUCCCCGCAUCUGGAGCCAGGGCAGGCUCAGGCCCCUGACUCGGCCCAGCUGGUGCUUGUUGCAAGGGAACCUGCGCAGACUGGGACUCUUCAGGAUCAGGCCCCAGACUUGGUUCAGAUGAUGCCGGAGGCAAGAGAUCCGGUGCGGACUGAGACUCCUCUGGUUCUGAGUCCGAACCCGAGUCCCAGGCCAUCACAGCAGGAAUCUCAGCUACAGCAUCCUUUAUAGAUGGCCACCCAACCUCUGCUUAAAAACCUCCAAGGAAAGAGAGUCUACCACCUCCUGAGGGAGACUGUUCCACUGUCAAAUAACCCUAACUGUCAGAAAGUUCUUCCUGAUGUUGCGUCGGAAUGCCAGCGGCCAUGCCCUGUUCUGAAUGCUGCCCCUGGCAAGUUUGGGAGGGGGAGCAGAGGGCUCUUCCUUGCUGAUCCUGGGCUCUGGGGCGCAGUAAUGAUCCAUAGAAGCCUAGAAUUGUAGAGUUGGAAGGGACCCCAGAGGAAGUCCAGUGUUUCCCAAACUUGGGUAUCCAGCUGUUUUUGGACUACAACUCUCAUCAUCCCUUGCUAGCAGGACCACUGGUCCAGGGAUAAUGGGAACUGAAAGGGUCAUGGGAUUGCAGUUGCAAAGGCUGCUGGGAUUGCUAGACAUUUUCCCGCUCUUUUGUGAGCUAAAUCACAAACAGAUGUGCAACUGAACAUAAGCUUGGAAAAAUGAGAAAUAGAAAUACAGUGGUACCUCAGGUUACAGACGCUUCAGGUUACAGAUGCUUCAGGUUACAGACUCCGCUAACCCAGAAAUAGUACCUCAGGUUAAGGACUUUGCUUCAGGAUGAGAACGGAAGUCACACAGCGGCGGCGCAGAGGCAGCGGGAGGCCCCAUUAGCUAAAGUGGUACCUCAGGUUAAGAACAGUUUCAGGUUAAGAACGGACCUCCGGAACGAAUUAAGUUCUUAACCCGAGGUACCACUGUAAGCAGAUCGGUCCACUGCUAGCUGUGGCUGUUCUGACCUGGUCAAGCUGUGCCUUGGCGCAUCUCCAGCAAAAGGGAGGCGCAUGUGAGGGAGCCCACAUGCCUGCAGUAGUCAUACUGAUGUUUUUCUCGUGCAUCCUCUGCGGUGUAAUGGCUAGACGUUUGAGUGUCCAGCUCCAGCUUUGCUUCAGCCACCAUCUCCUUCACAAACGGCCUUCGAGAAGCAAGUCUCGCCUUCCGUCUCCCCACCCCAGAACUGCCUCCCUGCUUAUUAAAGGCAAGGGCUUUGCAAGAAAAGGGGCAAGUCAGCUCCGAAAGAAAUUAUACACUGGCCCUUUCUCAUAAUGCCUAAUUCUCGUGGGAGAGUGGCAUGUGAAACGAGAGCCAGGCAUGUAAUAUCUAUAUUAUGAAGAAGCAGGCCAAAAUAAAGAGGCCUUUGUAUGGAUGCUGGAGAACCCAACCAAUUAAUUGCCAUUUUGUGGAGAGCUGACCAGAAGCUAUCCAGAUUCUUGGAGCGGAAAGCCUUCAUCUGUCUGUGUUUCUUUCUCUCUGCCUCUAUUCCUCACUCCCUCCCUUCCCAAAGUGCAGUUUAAGGGGGUUUUAAAGUUUAAAACUUACUUGUCUCAUUUGGGGAGCUAUGGGCAUGUCUAGAAUUCGGAGACUGCUGUGGACUCCCGUCCCCAUUCAACAGACGGAAAGAAAGAGAGUGUACACACACACACACACACACACACACACACACAGAUCCUCUGGAAUUUGCAUUACUUUACAUAGAGUCUCCCCCAAAACCACCAUCAAAUGAAAGCUGGCAUUGGUAAUUGGUGUUAAAUAGUGGGAAAGGUGGAUGAAGGACACAGCUCUGUUAGAUUCACAGCUCUUUAUUACAGCAGUUAGAACUGCUCCUGGAGUUAGACACACUGUAGCUUAGCUGGCUGCUUUAUAUAAUUCUAAGUAACUUGUAACAGUAAGGUAAAGGUAAAGGUAAAGGUAAAGGUAAAGGUAAAGGGACCCCUGACCAUGAGGUCCAGUCGUGACCGCCUCUGGGGUUGCAGCGCUCAUCUCGCUUUAUUAUCUUUAAUAUAUCUCGGCUUACAGCUUCUGGGUCAUGUGGCCAGCAUGACUAAGCUGCUUCUGGCGAACCAGAGCAGUGCACGGAAAUGCUGUUUACCUUCCUGCCGGAGCGGUACCUAUUUAUCUACUUGCACUUUGACGUGCUUUCGAACUGCUAGGUUGGCAGGAGCUGGGACCGAGCAACGGGAGCUCAACCUGUUGCGGGGAUUCGAACCGCCGACCUUCUGAUAGGCAAGGUUUAACCCACAGCGCCACCCGCGUCCCAACUUGUAAUAGUAACAACUCCCAACUAUCUAACCAAUCAGUGAGCGACAGUUCUCAAUCCUUCAUUUGCAUACUGGUGGCUCUGAGUGAGAACGGCAACUAAUCUUAAUACAUAACAGUUGGCACAAUUUUUUAUUUUAUUUAAAAAAAUACAGAUCUGGUGCUUUCCCAUGCAACGAGAACAUUGAGCCAGUGUGGUGUAGUGGUUAGAGUUUCGGACUAGGGCCUGGGAGACCAGGGUUCAAAUCCCCACCAUGGGGCUCACCGGGUGAGCUUGGGCCACUCGCUGCCUCUCAGCCUAACCUACCUCACAGGAUUGUUGUGGGGGAUUAAAUGAGGAGGGGGGAAUCUUGUACACCACCUUGAGCUCCUCAAAACAUACUCUCCAGCGUUUCUCCAAUGAAAAUAGGACAUCCUAUUCAAUAAUAAUAAUAAUAAUAAUGAUGAUGAUGAUAAUAAUAACCAGCCACUCUGGCUUCCAACAUGUAUAAAAACAUAAUAAAAUGUUAAACAUUAAAAACUUCCCCAUACAAGGGAUGUCUUCAGAUGUCUUCAAAAGGUUGCAUAGUUACUUAUUUCCUUAGCUCUGGGGUCCCAUAACUCCAUACCCUCCAACAUUUCUCCGAUGAAAACAAGGACAUCCUAAGGAAAAGCGGGCAUUCUGGGAUCAAAUCAGAAACCAGGGCAGCUUCUGUAAAUCCAGGAAUGUCCCUGGAAAAUAAGGUCGUUUGGAAGGUCUGUUGGAGUAAAGGCAGGAUGUGAAUGAAAUAAGUAAUAAAUAAUAUUGAUCCAAGGCUCGGAUCUUUGAGCUAAAUGUUGACUAUGGAGAACUUUGGGCUCAGCUUUGUUCCUAAGGUAGCUCCUUCUCCCUCCCCAAGGCUUUCAUGAGGCUGCUGAAGAAGAGCUGUCUUGCCCUGAGACUGCUAGAGAGGUCAAAUAACCUCAUUGCCUGAGGAGAGAGGGUGAGGGCAUCUAUUUAAGCUGUCUGUCAGCCUGAGAUGUGGAUGGAAAGCAGCUCCUGUGAACAAAAACCAAGUCUAAAUAUAUGUAACCCCAGUGUUAUUUUAUCUUGUAUUGCUUGGGUUCCUUCCCCUUAAUCUGGCCGCUCCUGCAAAGCAGGGAGGCGGCUCAUAAAUGCCCUCAAACAACUAACCAUCUAGUCUGCUCCCUGCCUCAAUCUUUUGGCCCAACAAACAGCAGAAGUAUGUUGAAAUCUAAGCAAACACUAAGCAAAGCGUCUUCCCUCUAAUGCCCAGUGUGUCACCAGUCAUACAGCUCCCAUGUAAGAGCAUAAUGCACAAUGGAAGUUUUAAGUGUUCAUGAGAACGUCUGUCCCAGUUCCGUAAUGCAGCUGCUUCAAGGAGAUAUAUAUGGGUGAGGGGUCGGCAGUGCACGUGGUCUGUACCAGGAAUCAGAAGUUUUAAAUUGCGUUUAGAAAAUGGAUUUCGCAAUAGUUUGUGCUGUUUCUCACUGGGGUAGGGUUCCGGUGGCCAAAACUCAUCAGCCUCCACAGACGGAACAGGGCGUCUGUCCCAAGCACAGACGCAUUUUGCUGAAAAAUACUACGAAUGCAGUUAAAUUGGUCAGCAAUUGCGAUGUUGUUUUUAAUCUAAUCGGUACGUGAGAGGCUAAACUUGACUAUUCACGUUAUUCGCUAUUUCCCCCAGUUCUUUAGAUUUACGUAUCCCUUCACACAGAAAUAGUCCUGAAGCGAUUUGCAAUGCAUGCAAUAAAAGUCCAUUAGAACAAAACAAAUGUACUCAAGGCAUUGAGCCACAAAAAUAAUCUAGCUAAGUAAAAUCAAAUCAAAAAUAAAAUGACUUUCUGGAAGACUUCGGCUGUCCACUGUUGUGGGGGGAGGGGGGAGAAGUAUGCUAGGCUAAGAGGAAUCUUUGUUCUCUUUCUCUCCCCCGCCCCAAUAAAUUUUAUUAAAGUUUUGGGGAAAAAUAUAUACCAAAGUUGAUAUCAAAUACCCAAUAUCUUUUAUAAUACCAAAGAUAAAGGAAACUAAUCUAAGUCAAAACACAAAGCAAGGCAAGGCCUUCUUCCACCGGCCUUCUCCACCCUCUAGUCUCUGCCUCUCAAUUUGUAUUCUAUUACUGUAUUUUUCGCUCUAUAAGACGCACCAGACCACAAGACGCACCUAGUUUUUGGAGGAGGAAAACAAGAAAAAAAAUUUCUGAAUCCCAGAAGCCAGAACAGCAAGAGGGAUCACUGCGCAGUGAAAGCAUCAAUUCCUCUUGCUGUUCUGGCUUCUGGGAUAGCUGUGCAGCCUGCAUUCGCUCCAUAAGACACACACACAUUUCCCCUUACUUUUUAGGAGGGAGAAAGUGAGUCUUAUAGAGCAAAAAAUACGGUAUUUUAUGUACUGUGGCUUGCCGUUGUUUUAUUGAUUAUAGUUUAGAAAUCAUUCAUUGUAACUGUUGAGUGGAUUUCUCUUUAACUUUCAUAUGUUGAUAUUAUUAUUCCGUACUAUUCUAAUAAUUGUUGAAUGUUACUUUAUUUGAUGUAGGUUGCUUAUUUUAAAGUUUGUUUUAUUAUCACGUUUUUGUAUUGCAUUAGAUUGUUAUAAGACGUACAUUUUUUGUUUCUUCAGCUUGUAAACCGCCUCAGGUAUUGUAAGAUAGAAAGGCGGUAUACAAAUAAAAAAUGAUGAUGAAGAAGAAAAAGAGGAAAAGAAAAAGGAACAAGAGGGGAACUUCAAUUCUAGUCUCCCCAAAUAGGGGGCGUGUUAUACAUGGAAAAAUACGGCACAUCCUCCCUGGCAGAUGGCCGUCGUAGCCUCAUAUUAAAUGCACCAAGAGCAGCACCUAGAACAAACUUCCUCAACCUCGGCCCUCCAGAUGUUUUGAGACCACAAUUCCCAUCAUCCCUGACCACUGGUCCUGCUAGCUAGGGAUCAUGGGAGUUGUAGGCCAGAAACAUCUGGAGGGCCGAGGUUGAGGAAGCCUGACCUAGAACUAAGCCAAGUGAAUAUCCCUUGGGAGGAGAAAUAAGAAGGAAAGAGUUUGUUGUGCAGCAAAGUGGCGCUAACUUUACACGAGAAAUCAAAUUACUUGUUUCUGCCGUUGAGUAGAUCGUUCCCAAGAUAGGGCUGGGCAGUAUAUCGCUAUAUCAUCUAAAAGUCCAUAUCAUGAUGCUGGUUUCAUAAUUUUUGACCUAGCAAUACAGUGGUACCUCGGGUUAAGUACUUAAUUGGUUCCGGAGGUCUGUUCUUAACCUGAAACUGUUCUUAACCUGAAGCACCACUUUAGCUAAUGGGGCCUCCUGCUGCUGCCGCGCCGCCGGAGCACGAUUUCUGUUCUUAUCCUGAAGCAAAGUUCUUAACCUGAAGCACUAUUUCUGGGUUAGCGGAGUCUGAAACCUGAAGCGUAUGUAACCUGAAGCGUAUGUAACCCGAGGUACCACUGUAUAUUGUGCAUCGUAAUAUGUGUGUGUGUACUAUGCAAACAUCACAGUGUGGGGCAAAAGAGUGAAGCCAGCCAAUGCCUGUAAGAUAGCUCCAUCCUUAUUUCAGACAUGGUAAUACAGUGAUACCUCGGGUUAAGAACGUAAUUCAUUCUGGAGGUCCGUUCUUAACUUGAAACUGUUGUUAACCUGAGGUACCACUUUAGCUAAUGGGGCCUCCCACUGCCGCCACAUGAUUUCUGUUCUCAUCCUGAAACAAAGUUCUUUUUAAAAAUAAUAAUAAUUUUUUUUAUUAGGAAUUUCAAAAUAACAGUUUAUCAAAAAUACAUCAUCCUCAUUUCCCCCCCAUUUUCCCCCUCCCCACUGAAGCAAAGUUCUUAACCCAAGGUACUAUUUCUAGGUUAGUGGAGUCUGUAACCUGAAGCAUCUGUAACCUGAAGCGUCUGUAACCCGAGGUACCACUGUAUAUCAGUAUAUCAUGAUGUUUGGUAGUCACUAGCUGAAGAUCUUAGCCCCGUUGUAUAUUUCCGUGGGCUUUGCAAACCAAAUGCAAGUUCUGGACCAGGAUGCUGGCAUCAGUUCACCCUCCACAGUUUGACUUUCUUUGGAAGCCAGUGCAUUUUUAAAGCAGUUCUCCCUACAGAAUAUUAAGCCGCCUUCCCUUUUUCUCUCUCUCUCCCUCACACACACAGAGUGUUAUGCAAGCGGAUUUUGACUGCAGGCUUUGCUAAACAUAGAGCAUCCAGCAGACAUCCUCUUUCAGAACUUGCUGUAACAAUGUCAGGGGCGAGUGUCUUGCGGAGAGAGAGAGAGGUUUUUCUGCAUUUCCAUCCCUAAGUUUCACUUUGGACUGAUGCAGUCCCUGACAGUUACAUAACAGAGACCUUUCCUGCAAGGCAUUUCAAGGUAAACUUGCGGCUGCACUGCAGAUCACUUGGCUAGCUCAGACCCGGUGCUGUUUUGAUUCCCCAAGGACUGUCUUUUUUUGGGUUGUUUCCUCUUGCUCCUCUAGACCAAUAGUUUUGAGGGAAGAUAUUUGAGCAAACAAAAUGUUUCUAAAAGCCAAAUUGCAGAAGAUAUAUUAGAUUAGUUCAAGGAACUAACCUCAAUUCUUUUUAUUGCCCGUUCCUUUCAAAGAUCUAAGACAGGGGUCAGCAACCUUUUUCAGCCGUGGGCCGGUCCACCGUCCCUCAGACCAUGUGGUGGGCCAGACUAUAUUUUGAAAAAAAAUAAUGAAUGAAUUCCCAUGCCCCACAAAUAACCCAGAGAUGCUUUUUAAAUAAAAGGACACAUUCUACUCAUGUAAAAACACGCUGAUUCCCAGACCAUCUAUGGGCCGGACUGAGAAGGCGAUCGGGCCGGAUCCAGCCCCCCGGCCUUAGGUUGCCUACCCCUAAUCUAAGAUAUCCUGCUGAUUCGAUAUCAGGCAGGGACCUUCACUUUCCUCUUUUUGGCGUCUGCUAAAUACAUCGUUACUUAGGCAAACCUACCCAGAUAUCUUAAAUAUUGCUGUGUGUUUUAAUCUGUGUUUAGUUUAUUGCUGAUCUUAAUGUUUUGAAUCUUCACAACUUUUGUUUUUAGCUGUUUUACUGAUAGUUGUAUUGUUUUAUUCUUUUGGGAAACCACUUUGGGGUUCUUACAAUCAAGCAGUGUACAAAUUUUGUGGAAUAGUAAACAAAAUUCCCAGCGUUCACUGGAAAGAGAGACUGGUAGUUAAACCACUCUGGGAGUUGUUGCUCUGGAAGGAAAACAGGGGUCUCCUAUUUCAGCGGGGUGAAAAGUGUAGUGGUUAGAGCAUGGGUAGGCAAACUAAUGCCCGGGGGCCGGAUCCGGCCCAAUUGCCUUCUCAAUCCGGCCCGCGGCCGGCCGGGAAAUCAGCAUGUUUUUACAUGAGUAGAAUGUGUUCUUUUAUUUAAAAUGCAUCUCUGGGUUAUUUUUGGGGCCUGCCUGGUGUUUUUACAUGAGUAGAAAGUGUGCUUUUAUUUAAAAUGCAUCUCUGGGGUAUUUGUGGGGCAUAGGAAUUCAUUCAUUUCCCUCCCAAAAAUAUAGUCUGGCCCCCCACAAGGUCUGAGGGACAGUGGACCGGCCCCCUGCUGAAAAAGUUUGCUGACCCCUGGGUUAGAGUGUUGGACCCAGGAGACCAGGGUUCAAAUUCCCACUUGGCCAUGCAGCUCACUAGGUGACCUUGGGCCAGUCGCUGGCCCUCUGCCCAACCUAACUCACAAGGUUGUUGUGGGGAUUAGAUGAGGAGGGAGAGAACCACGUAUGCCACCCUGAGCAACUUGGAGAAAAUGUGGGAUAACAAAUAGAAUAAGUAAAUAAUAAAGAAUAAGUAAAGCACUCUCAACAAACUACAGUUCCCAGGAUUCUUUGGGGGGAGCCUUGACUGUUAUCAUGGUAUCAUAGUGCUUUAAAUGUAAUGUGUGGAUGUGGCCUAAUUCUGGUUUUGCCCCAUCCUCCGUAGAGCAUAAGCCUCUUAAUCUCAGGGUUGUGGGUUCGAGCCCCAUGUCAGGCAAAAAAAAAAAAAUUCCUGCAUUUCAGGGGGUUGGAAAAGAUGACCCUUGUGAUCCCUUCCAACUCUACAAUUCUGUGAUUCUAGGACAGCACUGGGAUAGAGGAAGAAGAUGAGGAAGCUGACAGGAAGUCCCACCCCCAGACUGGUUGUAAGAAAGGCAGACAGGUGGAGGCUGGUUGAGGGCUUAACUGAGGUUGGUGGAGCAGCUGCCCCAUUCAUCCUCAUGGACCAGCUAUCACGGUCCAGAAAUCAGGAUGCUGGCUUCCAGCAUGCUUUGGUGGACUCGCAUUGCGUUCCUGUCUUCUUCUACCUAUUGAGAACCCUGAAGCUGGUGUAGAUUUCUGGAUCUCACACACCCUCUGAGAAAUGUAUUUCGAAACAGAGGCCAUGAUUCUCUGAUUCUAACACAAGCCUCUUUUUUUUGCCCUGCUCCCAAUGUUUCUCCACCUAAAACUGCGUGCCUGUGUGCUUAGAUGAGCAGUUUGCAUUCUGCUUGAAGUAUUGAUGAUAAUAAUAUUCUGCAGACUGUUUCUUUUGGAGGUAGCAGUCGAACCGAGCGAGGUAGGAGUCCCAUGAUUCAGAGGCUGGCGCAAACGGCGGUGGAGGCACAAGUGAAGCCAUGGUUCCGAUGCCGACGUGGAGGCGAUGGAUGGAACAUAGUGCUCUAGCCAGAACGGUCAGCUCUGAAUUGGUUCUGUUCAGUGAUUUCACUCGGUGUUUCAGCUCAGUGAUUCAGCUCCACUCAGAGGGUGGCUGCAUCUGGCUGUGCUCUGUUGUCCAUCCAUCCCACCUUCUUCGCCAGUGUUAAGUUGUGGGUGAACAUAUCAGACAACACAGCGAUUCUUCAAACAGCUCUUGUUUAUUCACAGGCCAGAACAGAACUGAACUGAAGGGUUCAGACAGCCUGCUUAUAUAGAGCUCCACUAGAACGCAACAGUAACCAUUUUCUGUAGCUAUCCAAUCGCUGAACGUCACUUUCGAUCCCUUAUUUGCAUAGGUGGACCUGAACUAUCUACAGUAUCCCCCUGCUGGCCCAGGGUGAGAACUUCAGUACAUAACAGUUUCUUAAUCAAGAGUCACGCUCAGGGUUUUCGUUUGCAAAAGCUGCUGUGUGGACUUGCUCUUCUGGCACAACUUAGAUGCAGAAGUUUUGAGCAAAUCUUGCUGUUAGGACUCUCUGGCUCCAGUCAGCCUACCUUACCAUACCUUUAAAGCACAUUCCCACCAACACUGAGAACCCUACUGCCAUUUAUUGCAAACGGUGCUGCAGUUCCCAGCACCCACAACAAACCGCAGCUCCCAGGAUUCUUUGGGGGAGGAGGGAGUGUGCUUUAAAUGCACAGCGCAUACAAAACUUGAGUGCCAUCAGUCCAACACUGUGCAUUGCUCUCCCAUCAGAGGUUUGGCAGGCUUUCUCGCUAUUGGCUAUCAGGCGUAUCUUGAAGACGUUUUUACGCCUGCAGUCCUGCGCAGCUGUUUAAACAUUUUAAGGAUUGUUUUGCGCUGCCUGUAUGGUGUCUUAUGCACACCGCCUCCGAUAUUCCGGGUGAGCUGCUGGCAGUGAAAAGGCAGGAAAACUGGGUUUUCCUGCCUUUUCACUGCAUCCCAAGAGGUGAAGUGGGGACAGGAGCACUUGCUCGUGAGGAGAGUCGCCAAGAAGAGUUGGCUCAGGGGUGAUCAGUCUUAGCAGCUGCAUUGUGUGAGUCAUUGUGUGAGCACCCUGCCCAUGUGCAGGGUGUGGUUCAUCCAGUUGGUCAUCUGCAUUGUGCUUGUGGGAGGAGGCAUACAGUUCCCAGCUUGUUAGAUCGGUGCUGUCUCCAUCGAAACAUAUCAUAGAAUCAUAGAACUGAGGAGUUGGAAAGGAACCCCAGGGGCAUCUAGAUGCUCAGGGUGGCAAACGUAGUUCUCUGCCUCCUCAUCUAAUCCCCACAACAACCUUCUGAGGUAGGCCUCGGUCCAGUAUACCUGAAGGAGCGUCCCCACCCCCAUCGUUCUGCCCGGACACUGAGGUCCAGUGCCGAGGGCCUUCUGGCGGUUCCCUCACUGCGAGAAGCCAAGUUACAGGGAACCAGGCAGAGGGCCUUCUCGGUAGUGGCACCCGCCCUGUGGAAUGCCCUCCCACCAGAUGUCAAAGAGAAAAACAACUACCAGAUUUUUAGAAGAUAUCUGAAGGCAGUCCUGUUUAGGGAAGCUUUUAAUGUUUAAUAGGUUAUUGUAUUUUAAUAUUCUGUUGGAAGCCGCCCAGAGUGGCUGGGUAAGCCCAGCCAGAUGGGUGGGGUAUAAAUAAUCACUAAUAAUAAUAAUAAUAAUAAUAAUAUAUAUUUUUAAAAUGAUAUUUAUUGAAAUUUUUUUAGAAUUACAGAAAAGAACAAAGCAGAAAAAGAAAAAAGAGAAAACAAAGAAAAAACAAACCACAUCAAACAAUACAAAUUCAAAAAACAAAAAUACACCACAAACAGACAAAAACAAAUCCAUCAUUCUCGAAUCCUCAGCUUUCAUUACCUUCUUUCUUUGACCUCCUCCUCCUCCCUUUUUUUGUAUCCUAGUUAUUAAUUAUCGCAGCAAAUCCUUUCCAUAUUUCAUAAUAUUCUGUCAUUACAUUACCUUAAUCUAUUUUCAUCUUAUCUUAUAGAAAACCUUAAAACUUAAAACUUAAAUCUUAUUUUUACCAACUUCUCAUAACCAUAAUAUUCUUACCUAAUUCUUUAAACAUUUUUGCUAGAGCCAAGUAAUUUCGUUCCAACAUUUUUUUAACAUUCAUCAAUUUUAUAAAACAAUCCUAGUAAUAAAAAAAAGAAAUAAAAACAAUCCAAUCUUCAUCCAGCGUCCCUUCCUCCUGGUUCCGGGUUUUGUCAGUCCUUUUUAUCCCAUUGAUCUAGCGCAUUAACCUGGUAACCUUAUAUCCGAGGCCCUUAAGUCUCUUCCAUGUCCCUUCCGCGGCUCUUUUUCAUAUUCUCCUUUCACUUGUGGGAACUCCAGCUUGGUAAUGUUUUUGACCCUUUUCAACAAAUCAGCCCCUUUUCCAUAGUCCACACUAAACUCCAUGUGGUAUUUAAAAACAUGUUUCAGAAUCCCUCCAAAAUUAAGAGCCCCCACAGCCCCAAACAUCUCACGACCCAUUGCCAGACUUGGAAAGUCCAAACAUCCCUUCAUAGGGGGGGUCUAUCCAACCCCCCAUUUCCAAACCAGUCCAAACUUUAUCUUUCCAAAUCUGGCUUUUUCCAAGUUCAUUUGUCAAAUCCAAAAGCUCAUGUUCCUGCAGGGCCACAGCUCCCUCCAUCUCUGGCGCCCAAGAUUCAGCAACAUCCUCUUCUCUCAUCUGUUCUGUCAGGGCACACUCCUGAUUUAAUUCCUGGGUGGGCUCCAUAUAGUUUCCCACUGCCUGUUCAAAAAUUCUGAUCGCAUUAGUCAUCAAAUCCGUCUUCUCAUUUAACUGUUCCAGUAGGGCAUUUGUUUUACAGAGAGCACACAACAGAGCUUCUGAAUACAUUGUCCUACAAGGUCAAAAGUCUAUUCCCACUAUUGUAAUCUGUAACAGCUGCAAGCUCCCUGGAAUUAGUUACAGUUUCACAGUCUCCCUCUAGGGGGAAAACUUCUAUUUGUUCUUUUAAGGACAAAUCUAGCAACAAAGUUUCCUUUUUCAGAUAUUUUGUCAAUAUUUGUUCCUUUAAAAUGCGAAGGGGAACAGUGGAAUCACUAUGUUUCUCUUCUUUUAGCUAUCUGUCAAAAACAUUUGUCUCUGGUCAAUGAGCUUCAAACGUCAGUCCUGACACCCCGCUCCAGGAUCAGGACGGUGGAAAGUUACUUUACUUUAAACUCACUUCUGCAGGUUUAAACAGUCCGAAAAAGAUCCCCCUUCUUCUCCUGCUUCCGAAGGGGGGUUCCACAAUUUCAAAUGAUGAAAGUUAAUCUUUUAGAAGUGAUUUUCUGAGCUCUAGUUUACGUUGUCUUUGCUUUAUUCUGUCUACAAAGAAACGGAAGGCUGACUUCCUGUUUAGACCUUCCCGUUUCAGUGCCAAAUUGAAGUAAUUUUUAAGUCCAAUUCCUUUCUGCUCGCAAGUCCUUAUUUAAAGUCCAAUUGUCCAAAAUUUAAGUACUCACGGGUGAUUAUUUUAGAAGCCAAAUUGUCCCAGGAAAAAGGCAGCGCUCUCCGGCAACGGCUAUGCGGCUUCGCUCCACGGAAAAGCAGUUGACUCUCAGCACCGCGCCACUUCCCCUCUUCACUUCGGAGCCCGUUAGUGGGUUCCUUUGCGGGUUGGGGGGGCGCUAAGGGUGCCCGCCGAGUCCCAUGGUCACAGGCUUCAUCCGCCUGUGAUUUUUGAAAGGGUCCCCGCUUCGCCGUAGCGGAAAAGACCUGUUUCGCGCGGAGCUAGUCCCUCCAGAUCAGAGGGAGUCCGCCAUUGCCAAUGGCGCCACCCCGGAAGUCUAAUAAUAAUAAUAAUAAUAAUAACAAUAAUAAUAGUCCAACCCCCUGUGAUGCAGGAGUCUCAACCAAAGCAUCUAUGGCAGGUGGCCAUCCAACCUUGGCUUAGAAACCUCCAAAGGAGAAUCCACAACCUCCCGAGGGAGAUUGUUCCACUGUCAAACAGUUCUUCCUGGUGUUUAGUUGGAAUCUCUUGUAACUUGAAGCCAUUGGUUCAAGUCCUACCCCUCAGGAGCAGGAGAAAACAACCUUGCUCCACUUUCCGUGUGACAGCCCUUUAGAUCUUUGACAAUGGCUAUCAUAUGGACGUAGUGGCAGGGAACGCGAUGGUUUGUUCUUUAAAAGCUCCAGAACCUUAUCAGUGUUUUCAGCCGAGAGAAAACAGCGAAGCAGAUAGAGACAAUUGACUACUCUGGUGUCCCUUUAGAUCAGUGGUUCUCAACCUGUGGGUCCCCAGAUGUUGUUGGACUACAAAUCCCAUCAUCCCUGAGCUCUGGCCUUGCUAGCUAGGGGUGAUGGGAGUUGUAGUUCAACAACAUCUGGGGACCCGCAGGUUGAGAAAGGCUACUUUAGAUGUUUUGGACUUCAGCUCCCAGUGGCUGAUGGAAGUUGUAGUCCAAAACCACAGGAGGGCACCAGGCUAAUAGGAGCUGCUGUGCUGUAACACCGAAUGAAUCCAUAUGCAUCUCUGGGCAGAACCGAGUCACAAAGUAUUCAAAUCAGCGCUGACCAUAGAGGGUGAGAAAAGCAAGCGAGAAGGGAGAUAAUACAUUUAAGACUGCUAGAUAAUCUGUUUUCCAGAUGGGGAAAUGUCAGGUGCAAAGAGAAAACGAUGGUGUUGACAAUUGGAGCGGUUCUCCUGCAUUUUAACCCUGUGAAUCUACCAAGGCAACUUGUAAAUUAUUUUAACACCCAACACUUUAGACAUGCACUCCGUAUGACUUGGGAACCCUGUUAGUUUCCGCGCUGAGCUCCUGCACAUGUUUCCAGGCGCAUAAGUGCCGCUGCAGGUCACACUGGUCAAGGUGACUGGAAACCAUUAAGGAAUAGCUUGUCAUUGUCAAGUGAUCCUGAAUCUGCAUCCUGCAAGAAAUUAAUGAGGUCACCCCUAAACACCCAAUCACUUAAGUGGGGAAUGCAUUGUGCUAUCAGCAAAAUCCUAGCUUCAUGAAAAUUAAAAGUCAGAGCGGCCAAAGAAUAGCAAGGAGAAACAUCUCAUUAAUUACGACUUGCUGAUUCGCACUUAUAGAGCUGCAAUUCGCUCGCCGAUAGAUGCUGCUGUCUGCUCCACUUAAGAAGAUCAUAAAUCUGUCAUAUCCAAUCAAAUAUAGGUGCUCGGCUAUGAUUGCAGAGCUUGCAACAUUUCCCCAAAGCCAUAGCUUGGUGGAAGGAGCAGCUAAACUGCAUCAAGAAGGUCCACCUCAAGUCCUAUGAUGUCAUUGCACUUGGAAUUCGGUGUGUGGUUCUGUUUGAGACGCGACACGCGUGGUUAGGGGUAGGCAACCCAGUGCCCUCAAGAUGCUGCAGGACUCCAGCUCCCAUCAGCCUCAAGCGCUAUGACCAGUGGUCAGGAAUGAUGGGAGAUGUAGUCCUGCAAAUAUCUGGAGGGUACCAGGUUCUUCCUCCCUGCAUUAGAUGCAUAGCCAAGCAUUGGGCUUUGGUUUUAUUCAAUUUAUUUAUAAUAUAUUUACAUAGACAGCUAAACAUUGGGAUUUGGGUUUUACAGUGGUGCCUCAGGUUACAGACGCUUCAGGUUACAGACUCCGCUAACCCAGAAAUAGUACCUCGAGUUAAGAACUUUGCUUCAGGAUGAGAACAGAAAUUGCGUGGUGGCGGCGCGGCAGCAGUGGGACAUUCGCUAAAGUGGUGCUUCAGGUUAAGAACAGUUUCAGGUUAAGAAUGGACUUCCAGAACUAAUUAAGUUCUUAACCCGAGGUACCACUGUAUUCAAUUCAUUUAAAAUAAAUUUAUAUACAUAGCUAAGAGUUGGGAUUUUAUUAAAGUACUUGCAAGAAGUAAACUUAACCUAGUACCAGUACUUAACUAGUAAAGGUAAAAAAAAGGUAAAGAACCCCUGGACGGUUAAGUCCAGUCAAAGGUGACUAUGGGGUUGUGGCGCUCAUCUUGCUUUCUGGCCAAGGGAGCUGGCAUUUGUCCACAGACAGCUUUCCGGGUCGUGUGGCCAGCAUGACUAAACCGUUGUGGGCGCAACAGAACACUGUGACAGAAGCCAGAUCACAUGGAAACACCGUUUACCUUCCCACCAUAGCGGUACCUGUGUAUCUACUUGCACUGGUGUACUUUCAAACUGCUAGGUUGGCAGGAGCUGGGACAGAGCAAUGGGAGCUCACCCCAUUGCGGGGAUUCGAACUGCCAACCUUCUGAUUGGCAAGCCCAGGAGGCUCAGUGGUUCAAGGGCUCCUAACAACAAACAAACCAAGAACAAACCUUGGUUACAACCCAUGGUUUGUCUGAAGUGAGACAACCCAUCAGCUUGAGUUUGGGCAGAACACGUAAGCUAGUCCAUUGCUUAGCUUUAGGUAGCUUUCACUCCAUACAUUCCUUUUCUCUCAUUCAUGCUUCGCCAUGCUUUGGAUUACCAUUUUAUGAGAAACAGCUCAAUAGAUCACAGUAUCCAGAUAUAUAUAAGGGCUUUUAUUCUGCAUUGCAUACUGCUCAACAAUAACUAUUUUGGCCGAAAGUACAGGUUAGUAUAAUUUUGUACUGAUGCCUUCGUUUUGAAUUUAGCAGCAUGGCACAAAUCUCCACUGCUGUGUAACCGGCAGGGUUUUGUGGGGGGGGGGUUUAAAAUCUCCAGGUGCUUUAAAAGAGAUCCAUUUAUAUAUCAUUUUUUUCUGUCUCAGUACUAGGAAGCUGAGAACCAAGAAUAGAAAGUGGGGUGGGGGGAAUUAUUUGUUGCAUGAUGAAGAAGUAAUUCCAUUAUCUGUAGGAGGGCUGUUUCAAAGGGCAGGCUUUGUGACAAAGAGACGCAUGGGAAGAACUGCAGGGAAGAGGGCAGGACAAAGGGCUUGUGUGGCAGUAGCAGCAGAUGGCAGGAACUGGGAAAGUUCAGCAGCCAGCAGGCAUCUCUGCAAGCUGGCUUUGAGGUUCCCGGCAGGUUACCAUCAGGGCAGGUUUUAGACUGGAAUAGAAUCAAGCGGAAAUGUCCUCUUGGGUUUUGUAAGUGGAUGCAAGCACCUCCUGCCAUAUAGAACACUGUCGAUUACAGUGGUACCUCGGGUUACAGAUGCUUCAGGUUACAGACUCCGCUAACCCAGAAAUAGUACCUCGGGUUAAGAACUUUGCUUCAGGAUGAGAACAGAAAUUGCAUGGCGGCAGCAGGAGGCCCCAUUAGCUAAAGUGGUGCUUCAGGUUAAGAAAAGUUUCACAUUAAGAAUGGACCUCCGGAACGAAAUAAGUACUUAGCCCGAGGUACCACUGUAUAUACCAGGCACCAGGAUGCUCAGAAUACUCUCCUCUUCGUGUCGAGCUGAUGAGCAGGAUAUUUCUUUCUCUCUUCCCCAGGUGUUGGGAACCUUUGGUCUUCCGGGUGUUGCUGAGCUACAACUCCCACCAGCUUCAGCAAGCAGGGCCAAUGGCCAGGGAUGAUGGGAGUUGUAGUUCAGCAAGGCCUGGCAGGGCAGAGGUUCUACACACCUGCUUUUCACCAAAAGGUUUUUUUCGGGUGGAGUAGAUUGCGGAGGGAUGUGCCCCGAAACUGCAUACCUGCUCCUUCAGAGGAACUGUAACCACAUCCAGACCAGGACACCUCCCAUUCAUCUGGUUUAGGGAGCCGCCCAUCUAAUAGUUCCCUAGUCUUAUCCAGAUUGAACUUCAGAUAUUAAGGUGUCUGUAACCAGCAGCAGGCUAGUAAAUGACAGUCUUGUGGCAGUCAUAUUAUGAGUAAAGUUGGCAGGCAUUUGAAACAUGUUAGUGGAUUGUACUGAUUUAUUUUUGUAUAGAUCCCGCGGCCCUCUAUUUGCUGGUGAACCAUAACACCCGUCCUUUUCACCCUUUGGCCAUGCUGACUGUCCACCGAAGGCCUGUAGCUCAGUCUUAGAGCACUGGCUUUGAAGGCCCUGGGUUCAAAUCCUAGCAUAUCUCGGUUGGGCUCUCAUCAAUUGGUCUCGUUCAGUUGUCUUGUUUUCUUUUUCUCUACUCAACUUUCUCCGUUAGGAAACUACUGAAAGACUGCUGUGACCCUGGGCGGUUCUUUGCCAUGACGAAAGAGAACUCUCCGGUGGGGAAGAACCUGUGGUAUGACGGGGAAUUUCUGUACUCCUUCACCAUCGACAACGAAACCUUCUCCCUUUUCCCAAAGGUCAGUGACCUUCUUGUUUAUUUUGUUGUUUGCAUUUAUUAAUUUCUUCUGGAACACCUUUGCUGAUAUGAAAAGACCCAGAUGCUGAACAAACUACAAUCCCUGGGAUUCUGCAGGUGUAGCAGCGCCACAAACAGCAACAGACAGUGUGGUGCAGUGGUUAGAGUGUCAGGCUAAGGGCUGGGAGACCAGGGUUUGAAUCCUCACUUGGCCUUGAAGCUCACUGUGUGGCCUUGGGCCAGGCAUCGCCUCUCAGCCUAACCCACCUUGCAAGGUUUCUCGUGGGCUAGAACCACAUACACCACCUUGAGAUGCUUGGAGAACCAUAGAAUUGUAGAGUUGGAAGGAACCCUGAGGGCCACACAGGGUUGCCAUAUGUCCUCCUUUUCCAGGACACGUCCUCUUUUUCAGGUCUGAUUGCCAUAUGUCCUCUUUCCCCCGCUACACGCCCUCUUUUUCAGGAUUAAAACUUCUGUCAAGGUAGAUUUUUAAAAUUUGGCAAAAUUUCUGGGUGUUUUUGUUUCCAGUAACCCAGGAAUUUUUUUCUAGUGCGUUGGACUCAGAUCUAAGAUAAAACAUACAAAAGUCAAAAUACUGAAAAACAGAUUAAAAUUGCCUUAACAAAGAGAAGCUCUUUUAAUUUCCGUUUGUUCUUCAGUUGGGGCAAAGCACGGGAAAACAAUGGGGACGUGCAGGCAAACCAAUUGCUUUUUAUUCUGAAUUAAGCCCAGAGUAUGAAGAGUGAGGCUGGCUCUCAAAUAAAUUGCACGUAGGAGUCCAGCCCUGAGGCAUAGUCAUGGCCUUUGUCAUUCUCGUUUUGUGACAUCUCACGUUCAGCCACCGCCAUUGUUACAUCUGCCUUCGGUUUAAUGAAUGAAGCUCGCAGUGUUGCAGAUGCCUAAGGGAGAAGAGACGUGUCGAAACCCAAACAAUCAUUGCCAGGACUGCAUUUUCAUUCUUCCCCUUCCUGCCCCCUCCAAAGGCUGCUGGCUAGCACCUGCAGACAAAGACAUCUUUUAUCAAGUGGUGCUAUUGAGAUGGAUAGAGAGCCAGCGUCCCAUAUGGAUCAGAGUGUCGGACUAGGACUUUGGAGAGAGACCAGGCAGGUGCCUCUACUGUACUCUUUUUGGCACUUGCUAAAAACAUUUUUGGGACGCGGGUUGCACUGUGGGUUAAACCACGGAGCCUAGGACUUGCCGAUCAGAAAGUCGGCGGUUCGAAUCCCCGCGACGGGGUGAGCUCCUGUUGCUCGGUCCCUGCUCCUGCCCACCUAGCAGUUUGAAAGCAGGUAAACGGCGUUCCCAUGCGCUGCUCUGGUUCGCCAGAAGCGGCUUAGUCAUGCUGGCCACAUGACCCGGAAGCUGUACGCCGGCUCCCUCGGCCAAUAAAGCAAGAUGAGCGCCGCAACCCCAGAGUCAGCCACGACUGGACCUAAUGAUCAGGGGUCCCUUUACCUUUACUAAAAACAUUUUUGCUUAGACAACCUUACCCAGAUACCUUGAACUCUUUUCUUCCCACCCCUCAAUAAUUUUUAUUAAUUUUUUCCAAAUGUCUUAAACACAAUACAGCUUAACAAUAUUGUUGUUGUUGUUGUUUAGUCGUUUAGUCGUGUCCGACUCUUCGUGACCCCAUGGACCAGAGCACGCCAGGCACUCCUGUCUUCCACUGCCUCCCGCAGUCUGGUCAAACUCAUGCUGGUACCUUCAAGAACACUGUCUAACCAUCUGGUCCUCUGUCGUCCCCUUCUCCUUGUGCCCUCCAUCUUUCCCAACAUCAGGGUCUUUUCCAAGGAGUCUUCUCUUCUCUUCUCAUGCAGUGGCCAAAGUAUUGGAGCCUCAGCUUCAGGAUCUGUCCUUCCAGUGAGCACUCAGGGCUGAUUUCCUUCAGAAUGGAUAGGUCUGAUCUUCUUGCAGUCCAUGGGACUCUCAAGAGUCUCCUCCAGCACCAUAAUUCAAAAGCAUCAAUUCUUCGGCGAUCAGCCUUCUUUAUGGUCCAGCUCUCACUUCCAUACAUCACUACUGGGAAAACCAUAGCUUUAACUAUAUGGACCUUUGAUGGCAAGGUGAUGUCUCUGCUUUUUAAGAUGCUGUCUAGGUUUGUCAUUAUUCUCCUUUAAAUCUAUAUCAUAUCCUAAUUAACUUCCCUCCACCCCUCUUCUGGCUUCUCUACAUUGCUCUUGCUUAAGUGUGAUUACUAUAUAUACAUUCUGUAAGUGUCUAUAAUUCCUUAAUAAUUUUUGUAUUAUACUUUAGACAUGCAUUCCUUAUUAUAAUACUUGCUAAAAACAUUAUUGCUUAGACAACCUUACCCAGAUACCUCGAACUCUGAUAUGCUUUCAGCCUGUUACUCAUUUUAUCUUUACCUUUUGAAUGUUUAAUUAUUAUUUUUUACCAAAAAUUGUUAUUGUUUCAUUCUGGAUAGCUCAGCUGGUUAGAGCGUGGUGCUGACAAUGCCAAGGUUGCAGGUUCGAUUCCCGUAAGGGACAGCUGCAUAUUUCUGCUUUGCCAGGGGAUUUGGACUAGAUGAUCCCCAGGUUCCCUUGCAACUCUAUGAUUCUAUGGGAACUGUAGCUCCCUCUCCUAUCUGACUUGGGGUGGAGACAUUGCAUUCUAUUUGCAUGCUGCUUGGAGGUUUUUGGUUUUACAAUUGAACACUCUCUCUCUCUCUCUAUAUAUAUACACACAUACAUACAUACAUACAUACAUACAUACAGUAUCAACAAAUGUCGGCAUGAUUAUGAACAAGACACAUUUUAGCUUUCUGCUUUCUGUAACUGCUUUGGGGGAAGCACUGGGAGUGUGGACACUGUACAUCUUCGGUUCCCAAGGCGCUGCAACUUUUGCUGUCUUCAAGGGAGCGUUCAGAUGGGGUGGAGGGAGAGGCUUGGGCAAAGAGCUCUGGGUGAAUCUUUCUCUCCUCUAAUUUCACCCUGAGGCAGAAAGGAGUGCAGAUUCCCACAUCAUACUUUCCAUUUGUCAGUUUCACUGCUCUCUUUCCCCCGUAACUUUUCCGUGACCUGUGCCUUCUGCUCCAGACCGCCCCCCCACCUCAGCGAAAUUAAAAGAGCUUCCCUUUGUUGAGGCAAUUUUAAUCUGUUCUAGUAUUUUGACUUUUGUACGUUUCAAAGCAGGGUUGCAAAUUUCCUUUGAUUUUAUUGCCUCUCCUUUUUGUCAACCGCUUGGAGGUUUUCUCCAACCAAGCGGCGUAUAAAUUUUAUUGAUGCUGCUGAUUGAAGAACAUUAGUUGUUCUUGUGUAGGGUUUAAUUCUGAGCCAUUUACCCACCCCCCAAAGAUGUCCCGUAAGGCAACAGAGAUUUAGGAUCAAUUUUCCUUCUCCUAGAGGGCUGCAGCACGUGCAGAAGUCCCAGUCUUGACCAUUGGAUCCACUGUUUUGUCUAAUCCCAUUGGAUGCCCUCACCUGGUUUACCUGGCCAGUUGAAGCUGAUUCCCAGGGUGUGGCUGCUGUCACAUCCUGACACCCCCUAGAAGCCACAGGUGAGAGUUGAGGGCAGGUUGGGGCCCAGAUGGGACAAACUACCCUAGAAAGAGCAUGAUUUGUCCCCCACCAGUGGUACUACCCCCUCCAACGCCCCAUAUGUAAUCAAUUAAGUAUUGUUUGAGGACUGAAAGCUAUAGCAGCAUCAAGGCUUGGUUUCUGUUCUGGUUGUGGGGCAGAUAAGCAGCCGUGGGCAAUUAGAAAUCCUAAAGGUUUCCAGCUUGAAUGAUUACCAUAUAAGCUGACUUUCUCAGCACAUUUCUUAUGCUGAAAAAGCCCCCCUCGGCUUAUACUUGAGUGAGGCGGGCGGUGGAGGGCCGCUUGUUCUUCCUCCGCCGCUGCAGCCACCACCAGGUUUGUGGUGUGGUGAACCGGCUUAUACUCGAGUCAAUAAAUUUCCCCAGUUUUUUUGUGCUAAAAUUAGGUGCCUCAGCUUAUAUUCGGGUCGGCUUAUACUCAAGUAUAUACGGUAUAUGAAAUACAAGUAUUCUGCAAAAUUCUGAUAUUUCGCCUCACAGAGGGGGGCAAGGUGGGGACUGACCUCAGAACUAUUCCAAGAUUUUUUUCUGCCUCUGUGUUUUGCCACAGAGGAAUGCCCUAACGUUUUUAGCGGAUAAACCACCCUUGAUCCGAAAGGCCUUGGAAAGUUUGUUGGCUCUGAAUUCGUAACUUGAAUUAUUAUGUUUUCUGUAGCUCCCUUUUCAUUUUUCAAAACAUAGAAUAAUGUGGAUUAAGGACCCUGAAGAAUGGCACCUAUUACUGCCACCUUCCCAGCAAUAAGCGGAGAAUUUGGGGGAAGAUAAACACUCCUUUCAGCAAGUCUUCAAAAGCUUUGCAACUUCUUCUAAAAACAAGUCCUGCUUUGAAAUGCUCAGAGGAUGUGGCGAGGCUGCGGAAGGGGCUGUUGCUCUGCUGAUUUAAUCAGAGCAGUAUUUCUUCAGCAGAUAAACAAUUUUUCUUCACCACCAGCUCGAGGCAUUGAUGCAUUCAGAGUUUGCUAUUCUCCUACUUUUAAAGGACUGAUUUAUACCUAACUAGCAGCCUUGUAUCCAAGGUUGCUUGGGAAUUCUGAGAAAGGAAGAAAGAAAGAAAGAAAGAAAGAGAAGAAGAUUCAAUCCACCAUCUUGAUUCAAAAUAGCAUCUAAAUGUAUCUAGAAUUAAAAUAGUAUCUUGAGAUUACUUAAAUUGAAUUUAUGGUAGAUAGAUAGAUAGACACACACACACACACACACACACACACUCCAUUUCUGUAAUUGUAGUAACAUCGAAUAAGCAGAUUGAUGAAGUUAAAUAAUGGCAUUCUGAAAGCGUACAAUAAAUAUAACCAUUUUGCUUAAAAUAUAUCAAAGCCUUAUUGAGCAUUUGGAAGGCAAAAAACUCCUUUGGGGGAAAUUGGGUAACAGGGAACUAUAUUUUUUUUCUGAAUCUAUCACUCUCCUGUUCUUUCCGCUCUUUAGCAAAAAAUGUAUUUAUCUUCCAUAUUCCCAGUACUAAAAUUUUCCAUUUGUGGACAAACAACAGUUUUGCUGUUGCUGCUGUAAUAUAGAAAAUGUGUUCUGUGUGGUUGGAGGGGAUGUUUUAUUGUCCCAGAUGAGCAGCUGUUCAGAAGUUUUCACAGCUAACUUUGCUGCAAAAAAGGAAAAUGAUGCAGUAAGAAUUGCUAGCCAGUGGCCCAUCUAGUCCAGAAACCUGUUCUCACAUUGGCCAACCAGAUGCCUGUGGAAAACCCCAAGCAGGACCCGGGCACAAGAGCAAUCUCGCCUCUCGCGGUUUCCAGCAACUGGUACUUAGAAGCAUAAUGCCUCACAUAGUGGAGGAAUCAUAGAAUUGUAGAGUUGGAAAGGACCUCAAGGGUCAUCUAGUCCAACCCCUUGCAAUGCAGGAAUCUCAAGUGUGUGUGUGUGUGUGUAAAUUUUCCAUUUAAUAUUAUAUAUUCACAUCAUCAUUAUCCACUAUACCGCCCUGGCUCUUAGAGCCUAUCAACUUCCUUCCUUCCCUCCCGUCUCUCUCUCUCUCCCCCCCUCCCCAAUAAUAUUUAUUGGAUUUUAUACAAACACAAUACAUACUAUAAAAUCAAUAAAACAAAAGUAAGAAAAAUAAAAAUAAAAUAAAAUAAAACAGAUAUAACAAACAAUAACCAAAGAUACAAACACAACUACGUAUACAAUAAAAAUUAAUUAAUUAGUUAAACUUCCAACUUCAUAAACAUAUUACUUGACUUCCUUUAAUCUCUUCCAUCUGAAUUUCCUUGUAACUGAAUGUAGAAGUUUUCCAAUAUCAUUAUUCAAAAAACAAUAUUCCAAGCCUUCCCUCCCGUCUCCCGGCUUUCAAAAUUAACCUUUAUACGUUUUCCGAUUCUAACUGCACUUGUUACAGUUACUUGUUACUCAAAAUUUAAAUAGAUAUAGAAAGAUAGAAAAUUUCUCAUUACAAGUCUUCAGAUAACCCUGCUAGUGAUGUUAACCGCUCACAAUGAACUUUCAGAUAUCGUAUAAAUUUACUCCAGUCCUUUUGGAAUACUUGAUCGUGCCAUUGGUUCGAGUCCUGCCCUCCGGAGCAGGAGAAAACAAGCUUGUUCACUCUUGAACAUACAGUGGUACCUCAGGUUAAGAACUUAAUUCGUUCUGGAGGUCUGUUCUUAACCUGAAGCUGUUCUUAACCUGAAGCACCACUUUAGCUAAUGGGGCCUCCCACUGCCACUGUGCCACCAGAGCAUGAUUUCUGUUCUCAUCCUGAAGCAAAGUUCUUAACCCGAGGUAAUAUUUCUGAGGUAAUAUUUCUAGCGGAGUCUGUAGCCUGAAGCGUCUGUAACUCAAGGUACCACUGUAUAGUCAUCAUGGCUAGUAGCCGUUGAUAUCUUCCAUGAAUUUGUCUAAUCUUCUUUUAAAGCCAUCUGAGUUGGUAGCCAUCCAUCAAUGCCUCUUGUGGAAGUGAGUUCCAUAGUUGAACUACACUCUAGGGGAGAAGUAGUCUUUUUUUUGUCUGCCUUUCAUCAUUGUUUCCUUUCUGAACAUUACUCCCCAGAUUUUUUUGGGGGGGGUCACAUGCGACAUAAUCCCAAGAGGCGAACUGUGUCCUGGGAAAUACUGUACAGUGGUACCUCGGGUUACAGACACUUCAGGUUACAGACACUUCAGGUUACAGACUCCGCUAACCCAGAAAUAGUGCCUCGGGUUAAGAACUUUACCUCAGGAUGAGAACAGAAAUUGCGCAGCAGCGGCAGCAGGAGCCCCCAUUAGCUAAAGUAGUACCUCAGAUUAAGAACAGUUUCAGGUUAAGAACGGACUUCCAUAACGAAUUAAGUUCUUAACCCGAGGUACCACUGUAAUGGGAACAGAGGAUUUAAAGAAGGGGAACAAGAGACUAUAAAACUUUCCCCCAGAAAAUAAAUGCCCAAACAGAGGGAAGUUAUAUUGAAGCUUGACAAGCAAUCUCACAGCCAACAAGAAAAUACUCCAGCUGUUACUCGCUUCUUAGAAUUGGCAAGAUGCUGCUUGUUCUAAAGUGCUGCCCAUUGCAGCCCAUAUCUAAAAAGUGGGAGGCCUUCCGGUGAAACUGACCGCUGGAGAUUCAGGGCAGAUGAGAGAGAGAGUUUAUUCACAUACAGUGGUACCUCGGUUUACAGAUGCUUCAGGUUGCAGACACUUCAGGUAACAGACUCCGCUAACCAGAAAUAGUACCUCGGGUUAAGAACUUUGCUUCAGGAUGAGAACAGAAAUCGUGCUCCAGCGGCGCGGCAGCAGCAGGAGGCCUCAUUAGCUAAAGUGGUGCUUCAGGUUAAGAACAGUUUCAGGUUAAGAACGGACCUCCAGAACAAAUUAAGUACUUAACCCAAGGUACCACUGUAGUUAAACUAUGGAAUCUGGAUUAUUAUUUUUUUUUUUUUAAGGAUUAGACAGAUUCAGGGAGGAGAAGGCUAUCAAUUUCUACUAGCUAUGAUGGCUGUUCUCUGCCUCUGCAGUUGAAGGCAACAGUGUUUCUCUUUGCUAGGAACCACAGGAAGGAAGAACGCUCUUGUGCUCGGAUCCUGCUUACUGGUUUCCAACAGGCAUUUGCCUGGCCACUGGGAAAACAGGAUAGUUGGGCUAGUUGGGCCAUUGACCUCAUCCAGCCAGCUCUUCUUGUGUUCUUACCCAUCAAUGCUUCCACUGUUAAAAGACAGUUUUCUUCUGUCACAAGCGCAGAUGAAGGAAGCCGUUUGACCCCCUUGAGCAAAGCUGGCCCUUUCCAGGCAGAUUCCUGCCUCCUCCCCUUUCUCGGUUGAAGCCUCGUCACCCUUUGGUGGCAUUUGGAAAGGUCAGCUGUCUGUUUUAAGUGUUUGCCUAACAGAAAUAAAUGCCACUUUGCAAGAGCAUGGUUGCAGGGGAAGUUUGUCCUCGAAUGCAGCAGGACCAAAUUGGUUUAUUCAAUGAUGGGUGUCACUCAUGCCGUUGUAGCCUUGAGGCUAGACUACUGCUAAUGCUGCACGUGGGGCUGCCCUUAGCGGCUCUUCGGCUUAGGAAAGUUCAUUUUAAGGAGUAACUAGUUUGUGUUUAAGAUGUACGAAAACAAAAUAGAAACAUCGCUACCUGACCCCCCCAUCUCCCCCCGCCUCUUUCCCCCCUUUCUUCCUAAUGUCUCAACAAAUGAAACUGAUUUGUAAAAAUGUUACAUGGGAAAAAAAUACGAGAGAGAGACAUUGCACACACUUUUGUAAAUCAAGAAAAUCUUUAAUAAUAAAAAAAAGAUGUACGAAAAGGAACUACAGUGGUACCUUGGGCUACAGACGCUUCAGGUUACAGACGCUUCAGGUUACAGACUCCACUAACCCAGAAAUGGUACCUUGGGUGAAGAACUUUGUCUCAGGAUGAGAACAGAAAUCAUGCGGCGGCAGCGGGAGGCCCCAUUAGCUAAAGUGGCACCUCAGGUUAAGAACAGCUUCAGGUUAAGAACGGACCUCCGGAACGAAUUAAUUUCUUAACCUGAGGUACCACUGUACAGUCGUACCUCAGCUCCCAAACGCCUUGGGAGUCAGAACGUUCUGGCUCCCGAACGAUCGAAAACCGGAAGUGAGUGUUUCAGUUUUUGAACGUUCUUUUGGAAGCCAAACGUCCAGCGGAGCUUCUGCGGCUUUUGAUUGGCUGCAGGAGCUUCCUGUAGCCAGUCAGAAACCCUGCUUUGGUUUUUGAAUGUUUCGGAAGUUGGACGGACUUCUGGGACGGAUUCCAUUCGACUUCCUAGGUACGACUGUGAUUGUAAUUCAUAACGACUCCUAUAGAAAAUGGUUAUGGGGGGGUUAGUUUAGAGAAAAGGCAAGUGAUAGGGGAUGUGAUUCAGGUAGAAUCCUGAAUCUUCUGCUUCCCCCCACUAGUGCUAUAUAGAGCACCAGGCCUCUACAUGUGCUUGCAUCCCAGCUCCCAUCAGCCCCAGCCAGCCUGGUCACUGCUCAAGGAUGAUGGGAGUUGUAGUCCAACCACAUCUGGAGGACCACAGGUUCCCCCACCCCCAGGUUCCCCCAAACCAUGAGCAAGUAGAGCAGCCUUGGCCAGCCUGAUGUCCUCCAACAUCUGGAGCAAAUCAGGACGAAUUCUCAAUGAAGACUGGGCGCAGUCUAACCUACGCGUAAUCUUUCCGCGAGCACAGCAGGACAAAUCAGUUACACAUGUUUAGGGGCUUCCCGAAAGGCUUCUUGGGGAAAAAAUCCAACUGAAAAACAGGGCUGGAAAAUAAAAACAUAAAUAGGUGUACAAAGCAAAGAGCUUUCAGCAAAUCCCAGCUUCUCAAGGAAUGCCAUCUGCAUGGUGUAUUUUAUUUGCACUCAGUUUUGUUCUUGCAUUCACACUUUGGGUUUAGGUGUGCGUGUAAAAAUAGAGUGUGUGAAGUGGUCCCAGGAGACACAGGUAAAAUGGCUGUUAAUCUAGCAACUAUCCAGCAUUUUCUCACAGUUCAGGGAUAGAUAGAAAUCUAGGAUGGCACUGGAAAAUCCAACAGACCUUUUUUUUCUUCUUCUUCCCAUGGGCCUCAUUUCAGGGGAUUUGGUAACCAGCCUUGGGAAGGAUCACAAAAAAAUGAAAAAGAUAAAUAACCUCAUCGGUUGCAGCAUUUGUGCUGCUGUUGCUAAUACCACCAGGAUCUUCAGCGUGAUCAAAAUCCAAUUUUGGAUGCUGUUACAAACCUCUCCUUGCAAAUCUCCAGGGCUAAUUAAAAAGCACUUGCAAGAUUCACGCUGGCUGAAUAUAUUUUUUUUUAAAAAAAGUCUUUUCAACCUCCUUGAAAACUGAGUCCUUUGACAACAACUAAAGUGAAGCGGUUGAAUUAAACAUGAUUUAAUUACGAUCUUAUGGGAUUUUUCAAAAGGACCCCCCCAUCUUUUGCCAUAUGAUCCAUCACUGAAUGUUUGCUUAUUUGAUUGUUUAAGUAACUGGAUUGAUACACCGCUUAAUCAAAACCUCUAAGCAAGCAGUUUACGCGAUAAAUAUAGACAUAAAAAAUACCAAUAAAAGCAGAUGUUCAAAACAAAUGGAAUUAUUUUUUUAAAAAAGAAAAGCAUUCUAAAAUAACACUCAUGGCUGAGUUAUGUAUCUGGAUAGGCUUGUCUAACCAAAAUUAAUUUUCAUGUCCUAGCUUUAUCCUGGAAGAAAAGAAAAGUGGAUACGUACAGUGGACCCCCUGGUUACGGAUUUAAUUCAUUCUGGGGGCCCAUGCACACCCCAAAAAAUCUGUAACCAGAGGAAUCUCAGCUCAAGCAUCCAUGAGAGUUGGCCACCCAACCUCUGCUUAAAAUCUCCAAGGAAGGAGAGCACCACCUCCUGAGGGAGUCCGUUCUACCGUCAAAACAGCUCUUACUGUCAGAAAGUUCUUCCUGAUGUUUAGUUGGAAUCUCCUUCCUUGUAACUUGAAUACAUUGGAUUGAGUCCUAUCCUCCAGAGCAGGAGAAAGCAAGCUUGCUCCAUCUUCCAUGAAUUUGUCUAAUCCUCUUUUCCAACCUUCGAGACUAGAUGGCUAUUGGCCUCCUCUAAUUCAAAACUAUUUCCAAAACUCUCUGUGUGUUCAAAACACUCUCCAUUUUGCUAGCACAUAUCGCUGGCUUCCAAAGCAUGAGCAUUGCACUUUCAAGGUAGUUAUUCAGUCAGUCUUUAGAGACUCUUGUGUUUGUGCCUUACAACCACUUUCCUCCCGAAGUACAAACGCUUUGCUAGAUUUAACAUGGGAUAAGAAGGAUGAUAGCUGAGGAGUCCUGUGUAUGGUGAAUGAUACUUCAUGCUAAUGUAUGGAACAUUUUAAUUUUAAAAUGCUUUGAAGUUGAACGUUGUCCCUUUGUACCACUGAUCUAGAAAGAAAGAAAACACUGUUUUUAAAGGUUCCAAACUGUGUGUCUGGUCUGACUCAGAGGUUGAGCAAACCCUGAAAGAUCUGGUUGUUUUUUUCCUGGGGCUGCAGUCAAACAGAAGAAAUAACAUUUAAUCAGAUGUAUCCCUAGAUGCCACUGAAAAAUGUGCCGCUGUAUUAAUUGGCGCCAGGAAACAAUGAGUGUAUCUAGGGGUCUUUACAGCUUGCAGUGAUCUCAUACAGCCUCAUCCAGUCGCUUGUUUAUUCACAUAAUGAAGUCAGCCUUCACAGUACUAAACCCCCAGACCUUGUCCCUGCCUCCCUUCUCUGGCGUCCUUGCUUUGUGGAUCUGCCCAAGGUGGAGCGAGUGAAAGAUCAGUCUUAAUAAUUACAGGCGGGAACUGCAACCAUGUGUUGCAGUAGAGUCUCAUCCUCGUAAUAACAAGUGCUCCUGUUUAGGGCUGCCAGCCAGCCAGGCCCUCCUGCUUCCCAGUUUCCCAUUUUUCUUGUCCACUUAUCAUUUCACAUCCCAUAGCUACUGAGCAUUCUUAGUCCCCUCUGGGCUUCUGCCCCCCACCUCCAAUUUUUGUGUGUUGAGCAGGGGAGCUCCCCUGCUCAUCUGCUUGAGCUUUCAAGUACUUGGACCCCAAGACAUUUAGGGUCUUUUAUGCUGUACAGGAAGGGGACGGGUGGCGCUGUGGUCUAAACCACAGAGGCUUGGGCUUGCUGAUCAGAAGGUUGGCAGUUCGAAUCCCCACGAUGGGGUGACUCCUGUUGCUCGGUCCCUGCUCCUACCCACCUAGCAGCUUGAAAGCACAUCAAAGUGCAAGUAGAUAAAUAGGUACCACUCCGGCGGGAAGGUAAACGGCGUUUCCGUGCGCUGCUCAGGUACGCCAGAAGCGGCUUAGUCCAUAGCUGUCAACUUUUCCCUCUUCUUGCGAGGAAUCCUAUUUGGAAUAAGGGCAUUUCCCUUAAAAAAAGGGAAACGUUGACAGCUAUGGCUUAGUCAUGCUGGCCACAUGACCCAGAAGCUGUCUGCAGGCAAACGCCCGCUCCCUCGGCCUAUAGAGCGAGAUGAGCGCUGCAACACCAGAGUCGUCCGCGACUGCACCUUAUGGUCAGGGGUACCUUUACCUUUAAUAAGAAUAAGAAUAAGAAUUUAUUAUUUAUAACCCGCCCAUCUGGCUGGGUUUCCCCAGCCACUCUGGGUGGCUUGCAACAAAACACUAAAAUACAAUAACCUAUUAAACAUUAAAAGCUUCCCUAAGCAUGUCCAAUUGACACGUGAUCACUGACAUGCGGGAUCCAGAACAGGGUGAAACAGGUAAAAUUGGGGUGGGAUGGGGGUGGAAAGUGCUUAUAUGUGCUCCGCCAACAUACACAGGGUUCAGGAAUGGAACUAAUACUUUGAAUAGUGCCUGGUAGCUCACAAGCAGCCCCUUUUUCUUUGACCCUCCUUUAGAAAGAACCCACCAGAGAUCUGGUCAAAGAUCAGCCUCCAUCACAGAAUUGUAGAAUUUAGAGUUAGAAGGGACUGUGAGGAUCAUUGCAUUUGCAAUGGAUUUUUAAGCUGUCCCAUAAUGGGGAUCGAACCUGCAACCUUGGUGUUAUCAGCACCACGCUGUAAGCAACGGAGCGAUUCAGGACAUGAAUGACUAGCUGUGCCCUAAAACUGCAGAGAGAAUGUUGGGGCUCUGACUCUCAUUCCCUCUGUUAGCAAUGUCCAGUCCGAGGCUGAGUGCAGAUCGUUGCUGAAAUAUACUCAGAGUCGAGAGUGGAUUUCAUGCUCUUUAUUCAGCUCAUAGUGGUGAGGAGGAAUGAAUGUUCCCCCAAAGUAUCUGCUUUAUAUACAUUAUUUACACAAUGGGCUGCACGUGAUUGGCUAAUUCCGGAAUUCUCCUGUAGGCCAAUCAUGUUGUGGAUUCACUUCCAUCUGGAGCUGGAUUGGGUGGCUCCUGCAGACUAAUCAUACUGCUGCAUUGUUCUAGGACCAAUCACACUGCUGCAUUUUGGAUCCUAUUCAACUCAGUACAUAACAGUUGCAUAGGCAAAAAGUCACCAUCUGCAUGCAAAAGGAGGAACAGCCCUAAGGUUGUGGAAGUGCAAAAAGCUUUAAGGAUGGAAACUGAACUGAACCAGAAUAGCCCAGAGAGGACUGAAGGUUGCUCAGUGGUUAAGGAGUUCUGAGUUGGUGACAGAAUGGAGAACUGGUGGGAAGGGGUGUGGAAUGGAGUAUCCUGGAAAUGGCCACCUUGAACCCUUAGCAGGAGCCACCCUACACUGUGACAUUCCAUUGCAAGUCCCAACUGCAUGAUAAAUAGCCAUUCAUAACGUGCGCAUGGAGCAUCUGCAGAUUUGUGGCUGUUUCCAAGUUAUCUUCCGCUUUGCUCUCGUCGUGUCAAGAAGCCCUCACCUUAGUCACCACUUCCUAAGAUGUGUUACUGAUGCGAAAAAAGAAGAAAAAUUCCACUCCCUCGAGCAGUUUCAGGAUAAACAUGGGAGAAACUAUAUAGGCCAGAAAGAGCCCUUUUGGGCAUUUAGCGGCAGCACAUUUCUGGCCCGAAAGAUCAUUUUUUAAAAAAUUGUCCAGUAGCACCUUAUAGACCAACUAAGUUUGUUCUGAUAUAAGCUUUUGUGUGGAUGCACAUUUCUUCAGAUACACUCCGCUCAUUUGUAUAGAAUUUUGGCGGUGCGGGAAAGCAGAAUGGAAUCCAUCAUUCUUCUCUUGCUAUUGUAAAGCAUCACUCCAAUAUCUUUUCUAUUAGUCAGAGCCUGCAAGGUUUUAUGGCCAACACCAGACACGUCUUUAAUACAAAACGCCUUUUCCAAAGCAUCCUUCUGAUUUAAGGCUACCUCUUUUUGUGAAUCACACAACAAUAAACUGUGGAAGAGUACCUAAGAUCUUGAGGUUUAACAAAUGGUUUUAUGAGUGCAGAUAGAAAACCUCUUUUUGUAUCCCUACUAUCCAAGCGAGCUUCCUGUUCAAGGUUUGACACUUUCCAUAUUAUUCUGGUGCUGUGGCCUGACAUGUUCCUGUAAGCGAGGCAGACCACUUCAUCAAAGGUCAUCAUAUUUCCAAGGCCAUCUCUAGAUCUGACACCUUCUGUUGCAUUAUACACAGCCAGCGCUUCAUUUGUGUUCCACUAGCUAAAAGGCUGUCAUUAUGAUGCACAGGUUAUUUUAAGAGGCAGAUUGGACAUACAAAGUUGCCUUGGUUCUCAAACUUAAUCCGUUCCAGAAGUCCGUUCCAGAACCAAAGCGUUCCAAAACCAAGGCAUGCUUUCCCAUAGAAAGUAAUGCAAAACAGAUUAAUCUGUUCCAGAUUUUUAAAAACAACCUCUAAAACAUGAAUUUUACUAUCUAACGAGACCGUUGAUCCAUAAAAUGAAAGCAGUAAUCAAUGUACUGUACUAUAAAAUAAAUAAGACAGUAUUGUAGAUGAUAAAAAUUAAAAUUAAAUUUUUUUCUUACCUGCACUGAUAGUUGUUGUUUUGAUAGAGGACUUUUAUUCAUUUCCGCAGUCACACAAUCAAUCAGUCAAUCAAUCAGUAGCUGAACUGGGUUCCAUACAGUCACAAAAACAAAUUAACCGAAAAAGCCUCAAAAACAAAAACACAAAAUAAAUAGCAAAAACAAAAGCGCCAAACUGAAUUUGUUCUGGAAUUCUAUUUGACCAAAAUGUUGGAAAACCAAGGCGCAGCUUCUGAUUGGUGCAGGCGCCCCAGAAACAAUAGCCAACAGCUGCAUCGGACGUUUGGCUUCCAAAAAACGUUCGAAAACCAGAACACUUACUUCCAGGUUUUCAGCGUUUGAAAACCAAGUUACCACUGUAUAGCAGCACUAUCUUGGUUUACUGGGACCAGUUGGUUUACUGAGACCAAUGGAAACUGCUGGUGCUGACCUUUAAAGCUUUAACUGUUUGGCGAUCCAAGGUAUUGAGAAAUUAAGAAGUCAAGGCUGCCUGCUUGCACAUCUAAAGUACAGCUGCAUGCAUUGUAUAUUAUCGCUGUCCAAUGGGAUGAAGUGUGCUAUGUUGGGGAGACAUGAUUAAGUCUUCUCGCAAAAACCAGCAAUUGAGUUCCCCUGGGACCAUCUUUUAUGUGAGCAAAGAGGAAGGGUCAUCCAAGGAAAUUCUUCAAAGGGAGAUCCUGAUCUGAUAGUUACUGAUUUAUCCAGCGUGCUUUUAAUAAAGAUGAAAAAUACGUGGAGGUUUAAAAAGGAGAAGCUCCCUCUUUCUCAGAUUUUGAGUCCCAGGUGAAAUAUCAGGGGUAGAUCACACGCUUUUGCAUGCGGAAGGCCCUCGGUUCCCUACCUGAUGUCAACUGGUUAAAAGAACAGGUGAUGCAAAAUAACCUCCUUUGCCUGAGACCCCAAAGAACCACAGUCAAAGUAGACAACACUGAGGUGAGCUAACCUACUAUAAGGCAUCUUGGAGUGCAGUGUUGCUGAAUGAGGACUUACCGAUAAAUUUGAUCCCCUUUAUUCAGGCCUGAAUCAAGACCAGAGGUCAGCAAACCUUUUCAGCAGGGGGCCAGUCCGCUGUCCCUCAGACCUUGUGGGGGGCCGGACUCAUACCUGUCAACUUUUCCCUUUUCUUGCGAGAAAUCCUAUUUGGAAUAAGGGAAUUUCCCUUUAAAAAAGGGAAAAGUUGACUGCUAUGGCCGGACUGUACAGGGGUACCUCUGGUUACGUACUUAAUUUGUUCCAGAGGUCCGUUCUUAACCUGAAACUGUUCUUAACCUGAAGCACCACUUUAGCUAAUGGGGCCUCCUGCUGCCGCCGCACCGCCGGAGCAUGAUUUCUGUUCUCAUCCUGAAGCAAAGUUCUUAACCUGAAGCACUAUUUCUGGGUUAGCGGAGUCUGUAACCUGAAGCGUCUGUAACCCGAGGUACCACUGUAUAUAAAUAAAAUAAAUAAAUAAAAGAAAUGGAGAGGAAAAACAUUUUUAAAAAUCACAUACGUACUUAAUUUGUUCCAGAGGUCCGUUCUUAACCUGAAACUGUUCUUAACCUGAAGCACCACUUUAGCUAGUGGGGCCUCCUGCUGCUGCCGCGCCGCCGGAGCAUGAUUUCUGUUCUCAACCUGAAGCAAAGUUCUUAACCCGAGGUACUAUUUCUGGGUUAGCGGAGUCCAUAACCUGAAGCGUAUGUAACCUGAAGUGCAUGUAACCCGAGGUACCACUGUGUUUUUUUAAAAAAUAUGAACGAAUUCCUAUGCCGCAUACAUAACCCAGAGAUGCAUUUUAAAUAAAAGGACACAUUCUACUCAUGUAAAAACAUGCUGAUUCCUGGACCGUCUGCGGGCCGGAUUGAGAAGGUGAUUGGGCCGGAUCCGGCCCCUGGGCCUUAGUUUACCUACCCAUGAUCAAGACAGUGGCUUUUUGGAGCAACCAUAGAAUCAUAGAAUUUGUAGAGUUGGAAGGAAGCACGAGGGUGAUCUUGUCUAGCCCCUGCAAUGCAGGAAUCUUUUGCCCAGCAUGGGGCUCGGACCCACGACCUUGAGAUUAUGAGUUUCAUGCGGUAGUGACUGAGCUAGUUUAGGGGUAGAGUUUUGUAUGCGGAAAAUCCCAGGGUUUUUAUUAUUUUUUUUAAAAGAUAUUUAUUAAGAUUUUCAAAAUGUUACAAAACAAAACAAAAAAAAGAAAAGAAAAGAGUACAAAAAUAAAAAUGGCUAAAAACAACUCAAUCUUUCCAUUAUUUCCCGGACCUCCUCACGCCUCCCUGUUUUGUAUUCCAGUUCAGUUUGUUGGUUCAGCAAAUCCUUACCCUCUUUGUUUAUCCUAAUCUUUAAUCUUAAAAUAUUGUAACGUUAAAUUUUUACCUAUUAAUAAUCCAUUUUUCAUAUUCCCUUAUAGUAUUACAGCUGAAAACCACUUAAUUUCUAUCCAACAUCAUUCUAACAUUCAUUAAUUUUACAAUAUUUCUGUAAAUAGUCUUUAAAUUUCUUCCAAUCUUCUUCCACCGACUCUUUCUCCCUGGUCUCGGAUUCUGCCAGUCAUUUCCGCGAGUUCCAUAUAGUCAAUCACCUUCAUCUGCCAUUCUUCCAGAGUGGGUAGAUCUUGUGUCUUCCAAUACUUUGCAAUGAGUAUUCUUGCUGCUGUUCCUUUUUUAGUAAGUGAAAGACACUUUUCCUUUUCCGAGGAGAAUUGAGGCCAUUACAAUUCCAACUUAAAAGUUGCAGAGCCAUGAUGGGGUUACUUCGCUUUACCUCCAGCUGCGCCAAGUGUUUGUUCUUGUUCUGUCGGUGGUGUCACUUUCUCUGGACCAUGCAAUCCAAAAGAUAAGUUUGCUAUAUCUAUUAUUCCUCUUUCCAGUGCUUUUGGCUCUUCUCCAGAUUCCACUUCUUUCUGUAGAUCUUCUCCGUGGUCUUUCAAGAAUUUGUCUUUAUCACUGACUGAUCUUAUUUUUAUCUUUCUUCCUUUAUAUUUAAAGGACAGACCUUGGGGGAAUUCCCACCUAAAGAUGAUUCUAUUACUUCUCAGCAGGGCAACCAGAUCUCCGUAAUUAAGCCUUAAGUCCAAAAGAUGUUUUGGAAUGUCCUUAAAUAUCUCCACACUUGAGUCAUAUAUUUUCAGAGUCUUUUGGUAAUGCAGAUUCAAGAUUUUAUCUCUCUCCUCUUUUGUUCGAAGGGUAAUCAAACAGUCUCUCGCCUUGUUCUUCCUUCCUCCUCUUCCAAGUCUAAAUGCGCUCACUAUCUUAAAUUCUUCCUUCCCCAAAUCCUGUUGCCAGAAGUCUGUGAAUUCCUGCGUAAGAAAGUCAAUCAAGUUAUCUUUCUCAAGUUCUGGUACAGCCCUGAUUCUCAAAUUUCUUUGUUUCUCUUUCAAUUCAAUCAUAGACAACGUCAAACCGUGAUCCUCGAGUUGCCUAUAUAUCGGUGGUAUCUUCUCUUGAGUGGCACUUGCUAUGUCUUUUGCUUCUUCAGCUGUCUUUCGGGUCGAAGCAGAUUCCUGUAACAGUUUCUCAAUAGUCUCUGUAUUGGUAUUCACCUUCUGUCCCAAAUUAUUGAUACUUGUAGUAUUUUGAUCAAUUUUAACUGAUGCUUCGGCUACUUGUUUAUUUGUUUCAGCUACUUGUUUAGUUAAAUUUUCCAAAGAUUCAUUAAUUUUUCCUAGUGCCAGAGCCAAAACAUCUUCAGACGACAUUACUUUUGGUUUAACUUGUGGGGGUGCAGCCCCUGAUAAUCCAGAUGGUCCAGAAGGACCAGAUGUUGAAGCUCUUCGCUGCGACGCAGCAUCUGUCUGAUAGGGUCUGCCAGACCUAGUAGUUUUUUCCUCUAACUUUCCUCUUCCAUCUGCCAUAACAGUCUCAAGAAGUCCAAGGUCAGUCCCACGGUUAGAAUUUGUUUUGAAGUGGAAAGUUCCCCAAGCCUCAAGUUGUUAUUGUAGCAAUAUCAAGCCUCCUCUAGGGGGACACAGUAACAGUCAAAACUUACAACUUGAAAGAAAAAAAAAUAGUCCUUAUAAAUCCCCCAAUUCACGAAAAAACAACAGUUUCAAUUGCACUUAAUCAGUUACUUUAAAGUCCAGAAACAAAUGUAUCUCUCUUGCAGAGUUAGCUGUCAAAAGUACUCUGUUUACUGAUAGUGCUUUUCACAGAGCGGCAUUCCUUGUCUCAGGGCAGUCCGUUCCCAGGCUCUAAGCGGUGGAUUUUAGCUUCCUUUCCCUCUUUUUUUGCAGGUAGAUACAGUUCAAACCUUUCCCCCCCUCCUCUCCUGCAAUCCAGAGGGGAGAUCGCUUUUCUGAUGUUAGGAUUUAAGUCUUUUUUCAAACGUCUUUCAAGGUUUCCGCUUACAGUCUCUUUGCUUUGAUCUAUUUACAAGAAAGGAAGGCGGACUUCCUGUUUAUGCCUUCCCGCUUCGGUGCCGAAUUAAAUUAUUUUUCCCUUUAAAUCCAAUUUUAUUCUACUCACGGGUAGUUACUUUAGAGGUCAAAUUGUCCCAGGAAGAAGUCAGCGCUCUCCGAUAACGGCUGUGCGGCUUCACUCCGCGGAAAGAGAAGUCGACUCUCAGCACCGCGCCGCUCACCCCGUCUUGCUCCGGAACCCCUAAAGGGGUCCCUUCGCAGUUUGGGGGGGCGCAAAAGGUGCCCACCGAGUCCCCACGUUCACAGGCUUCACCCGCCUGUGAUUUUUAAAGGGUCCCCGCUUCGCCGCAGUGGUCAGACCCGAUCCCGCGGAGCUGGCCCCUCAGAGACUCAGAGGGAAUCCGCCAUUAUCGAUGGCGCCAACCUGGAAGUCCGAAAAUCCCAGGGUUUUUAGGUGCUGGGGGGGGGAUAAGACCUUGUAGAUAAUAUGGCAGGGGUGGGAAAUGUUUUCAGCCCCAGGUCCCAUUCUCUUAUGGUGAGCUUUUUGGGGGCCAGGGACCAGUGGCGAUUGAGUCCAGAUUCAGACUUUUACCUUUUGUCCAGCAGGCUGCAUUCCAGCCAAGCAGAAGUCGGUUGUUUCUGUGCACGCAUACAAACACCCCUUUACCUUCCAUUCAAGUAACCAAGAGGCAAUAUCUAAGUUAAAUGGGAAACUUCAUAGAAUUGUGGAGUUGGAAGGGCCCAUAAGGGUCAUCUAGUCCAACCCCCUGCAAUAUAGGAAUCUUUUGCCCGAAGUGGGACUCGAACGCAAGACCCUGAUAUUAAGCAUCUCGUGCUCUACCGACUGAGCUAUCCAGUUUCAGCCAUGCAAAAGCACUUUGAGGGUAUACAGAACAGCCAACUAGGGAUAUAUCCUGGGAAGUAGUGGUGUGGUCUUGGGAGGAUAAUGAGGGCCGGAUAGUGAGGUCUGGAGGGCUACAAGCAACUCCCAGACCUGGGAUUGCCCACCCCUGCUAAAUAGACUCAUGUCCUGGUUUAGCAGAAGACAGUUCCCUAGAUUUGUGCCCGCACUCCUAUAACUCUGCUUACGAUAACAUUCUAUUUUUACUAAGGCACCCUAUAACAAUUACAAUACAGACAUAAUUAUAUUAUGCUGAUCAUUUGCCAGGCUAGAAAGGAUGAUUUGUAUGCUCAGGCCCCUGCAUGAUGUUUCUUAGAAAGCAGCUUGCUGAAGAACCCAGAAGAUAUUUACAUUCCUGGGCGCCAGGAUUAAUAGCCAACUGCCCGAGGCACCGAAGCGUUUCAAAUUUUGUUCAGCCUUGAUUAUAAUAGUAUAAAUAUUGUUUGUAUUUUUUAUUCAAUAUUGUCGGUCUCUGUGGGAAAUUGGCAUAAUUAACAACGGAGAAUUGCUGCCGCGUAAUAGGUAUGAGCUUGAACUGAGGAAUCUUCAACUCUCACAAAUGCUCCUUCUCGCACUCUCAGUUCCCUCUUCUGCAAAUUCUUCUGCAGAUUCCGACUAAUAAUCAGGAAGAACUUUCUGGUGGUAGGAGGUGUUUGACAAUGGAACAGAUUCCCUUGAGAUGUCGUGGACUCUCCUUCCUUGGAGGUUCUUAAGCAGAAGUUGGACGGGCAACCAUCUGUCAUGUAUGUUCUAGUCAAGAUUCCUGCAUUGCAGAAGGCUGGACUAGACCCUCAAGUUCCCUUCCAACACUAUCAUUCUAUGAUUCUAUGAACUGCAGUCAAAACCACAAUUAAAUAAGCAGAGAGACCAUAAUUUAUGACUUUGUGAGGCAGUUCCCUGGUCAAUCCUCCGAGUAUUUCUCCUUGAGAGGUCUAAUAAGCCCAAUACCGAAGAGGUUGCAAUGUAUUCAAAUGUAAAAUCUCUUAGAUCUGCUAUGAUGGUUAGCUCUUGUCCCGUUUCUUCCUCUGAUUAUAUGUGAUGUGUGUUUUUUCCACCAUAAAAAGUUGGAAACCUUCCCUUCUGUGAUGGAUAACAAAACUGCUGUGGCAGGAAACUCGUGUCCCUCCAGAUGUUGUUGCCCUCUAAACUCUCCUCCGCCCUGGCCAAUGUGGAACAUGAAGAGGGCCCGAUGGGAGUUGUAGUCCUACAACAUCUGGAGGACUCCGCUUUUGACUCCAACCUUGGCCUAACCUCUCCCUAAAACCUAAAACCCCUUCCCGCUUAGCUGGUCUCCACCUGAAGCUCCUGUGUGAAGUCGUCCAUAAAAACGGGCCUUGUUUUCUGUUGCCAGGCAACGCCAUUCCAGCUGCCAUUGAAGAAAUGCUCUGUGGUAGGAAAUGGUGGGAUUCUGAAGAACAGCGGCUGCGGCAGACAGAUAGACCAAGCGGACUUUGUCAUGCGGUAAGACAGUGGCCCCGCUGUGGCAUGGCGUCCCUGUUCCCUCCAUCCCCCUUGUUUCUCACCCACAACCACAAAAGGGUUUUUCCCUUUUGCUUGUGUUUAAUUAACCGUAGACGGUCUCUUUUUCUCCCUCAGAGUGAUUUAUAGGGGUGGGAAAGAGCCAUGGCAGAUAGGGCUUUUCCCUCCCUUAACAACGCAGGUGCCUGUCACUCUUCAGAGGCAUCAGGGGAAGAUAGCUGAGUGAAGGUGCUUUAAUCAAACGGAAAACUAAGAGAGAUGGAAGAGCCUCAGGUCCCUUCUGGCUUCCUUGCACGGAAGAACUUCGUUUUCUCAGAAAGAGAAGACUUUCAAGGCUCCAUUUGCGCCAUGCAUUGAAAGCGCUAUACCACUUGAAACACUUGCGCACACCCCAUGGAUCCUGGGAACUGUAGCUUGUACAGGCUGCUGAGAGUGCUUAAAGGUAAAGGGACCCCUGACCGUUAGGUCCAGUCGUGACUGACUCUGGGGUUGUGGCGCUCAUCUCGCUUUAUUGGCUGAGGGAGCCGGUGUACAGCUUCUGGGUCAUCUGGCCAGCAUAACUAAGCCGCUUCUGGCGAACCAGAGCAGCGCACGGAAAUGCCGUUUACCUUCCCGCUGGAGUGGUACCUAUUUAUCUACUUGCACUUUGAUGUGCUUUCGAACUGCUAGGUUGGCAGGAGCAGGGACCGAACAACGGGAGCUCACCCCGUCACGGGGAUUUGAACCGCCGACCUUCUGAUCGGCCAGCCCUAGGCUCUGUGGUUUAACCCACAGCGCCACCCGCGUCCCAUCGCUGAGAGUGCUUAGGCGACCCCUAUUCCCUUCACAGAGCUACAGCUCCGUGAAGUUAGAAUUGUAGAGUUGGGCCCAUCUAGUCCAGCAAGGGAUCUUUUCCCCAACGUGAGGCUCAAACCCACAUCCCUGAGAUUAAGAGUCUCAUGCUCUACCAAGUGGUCCUGCUAGCUAGGGAUGAUGGGAGUUGUAGUCCAGCAACAGCUGGAGACCCACGUUUGGGAAACGUGUAGACAAUGCUGCAUUAAAUGAAUCAGUAGUCAUAAGUUCCUGGUGUCCCAGUGCUUUUACUAUUGCUUUUUUGAAAUAUACUCCUAGGAUAAAAUCCGAUAAAGAUAAGAAAAAUUAAAUGGAAGACUGAAGCUAAGGGCUAUAGCAUCUCCUUCCCAUGUAGCAGGCCUCGGGUUCACUCUUAUGAUGGCAUCUCAAAAUAGGGCUGGGAGACACCCCUGUCAGAAACCCCAGAGCGCUGCUACCAGUCAGUGUAGACAACAAUGAGUCGAAUGGACCAGUGGUCUGAACGCCAUGAGGCCACUGCCUAUGUAACCUGACCUCCCAGUUGCCAACUCGGGCAAAAAUAACGGCGAAAUCCGUGGCAUGAGGAAUUGUGAGCAGGCCUUUGGAGGAUGCCGUCUGGGGUCUUGGAGUUCCUGCUCCAGCCUUGUUUUCAAAAUGGCUUCCCAAGAAAGCUAGUGGCUGACCAUGGAUGUUGACAAAAGGCUCCUUAUCCCUAGAGCACUGGCUGUUUUAUCCUGGAGUAUUCAGUACAGUUUCUGGCCCUGUAAUUCCUGCCAGCGUGAUAUAUUGGAGCCACAGAGGACUGUUGCUCACUUAGGCAUAAAUGGAAGAGUUUAAUAGCCCUCACAGAUAGGAAGAAACUGGCGCUCACUCGGCCCCCAGCCCUCGCACCGCUAAUGUCACUUUGAGGCUUUGAAAAGGUUUCAAAGGCGGCAGAGCCGAGACUUGCAUUUGGCUUCUCUGUCAGUUCCCCGCGCUGGAAAGGAUAUUGAUGUGAUGUGUGUAAAGGACGGUACAAGCAAGCUGACAAGUUGUGGGUUCCACAGAUCAAGGUGAAGUGAAAUGUGAAAUUUCACGGCACGUCUUAACGGGAGGAGAUAUGAGGGACGGGAGGGGGGAUCUUUCUGAAAAGAAAUGCGUUUUACAGGCCCAUUUUAUCUAUGUCAGUCAAACACAGUCGGGUAGAGAAAGCGGGUGGGGAGACGCUUCCUCUCAAAAUAUAGCAGUCAUUUUGGUGAAGUUGGAUGUUGGAAGAUUCAUGACAGACAAAAGGAAAAUCUCCUUCAUUUGGCACACAUUUAAACUAUGGAAUUGAGCAUAAGAACGUAAGAGAGGCUCUGUUGGGUCAGGCCAAAAGCCUAUGUAGUCCGGCAUAAUUUGCAACCACAAGAUGGCCACCAACUUGGACUACAACUUUCCCACCAGGUUUGGGAAAGACUGAUCUGGUGUCUUAUCCUUCCCUUGAACCCUGCAGAACAUUCCUGUGUGCUUAGAUUGUCUAAUGCAGGGUUUCCCAAACUUGGGUCUCCGGCUGUUUUUUUUGGUGGGUUUGGUGUCAUUAAAAUGCAUGCAGCCAAUCAGCAUAUUUCCCCUGUUCCAUUGUCUAGAAGCCACAGGGUUUGGUCUGAAUAGCUGGGUUCUUGCUGAGUUUCCAUCUGGCUACUCAGCCACAUCCUUCGUUUUCUGCAAUAUUGUCUGAUGAAGCUAUCCUGGUGAGAAAAACAAAACACAGCCCCUACUGUGAUGGAGUAAACUUGAGUUCCCAAAGGAACAGUAUCCAUGACUGAUUUGAACAUACUUUGAAUCUUUUUGGCUGAUCAGUAUUGAGAUAAAGUAAUUAUAUCAAAUCUGCGUAAUUACCGGCCAGCUGCCAAUCUUCCGUUCUUGGACAAGGUUCUUGAGCGGGUGGCCGUGGAUCAGAUUUCAGUACUCUUGGAGGAAACCGAUUCUCUAGAUCCAUUUAAAUCAUAAUUUAAAUGCUUUGGUUGCCUUUUGUCAGGAGAGACAGGGGAAAUGUGUCCCUGUUCAUUUCUCAGUAGCUGUUGAUACCAUCAACCAUGGUAUCCUUUUGCAGUGGUGGUUCCAGUCCUACUUGGAUGGUCGUUUCCAGAGGGUGAUGUUUGGGGAGUGGUCUUUGAUCCUGUGGAGCCUUCAACGUGGAGUUCUUCAGGGUUCAAUUUUAUCCCCCAUGCUGUUUUACAUCUACAUGUAAGCGCUGGGUGGGGUUAUCUGGAGGUUUGAAGUACGUUGUCAGCAAUAUGCUGACAACACACAGCUCUACUUCUCCUUAACAUCUGCAGGUGAGGCAGUGGAUAUGUUGGACUGCUAUCUUGCCUUGGUAAUGGGCCGCAUGAGGGCCAACAAACUGAUGCUCAAUCCAGAUAAGAGUGAGACUCUGUUAGUGGGUGGUCCCCUAGACCGGAUGGAUGGGAGGUUGCCUGUUCUUGAUAGGGUUGCAAUCCCUCUGAAGGAGGUUCUUAUGGGUCCAUUGUUGUUGCUUGAAGCUCAGGUGACCUCAGUGGAGCAGAAUACCUUCCAUCAGCUUUGGCUGGUGCUCCAGCUGCGCCCCUAUCAGGGAUAGCUUAACUUCUAUUGUCUGUGCUCUGGUAACCUCUAGGCUAGAUUACUGCAGUGUGUUAUACAUGGGGCUGCCUCUGAUGAUGGUUAGGAAACUUCAGCUGGUCAGGAUUCAGCGGCCAGGUUGCUCAUUGGGGCAAGAUGGUUUGAGCAUACAUCACCAGUCCUGGUGGCCCAACUGCACUGGAUGCCAAUUUGUUUCUGGUCCCAAUUCAAAGUGCUGGUUUUGACCUAUAAAGCCUGAAAUGGCUCAGGAUCACAAUAUCUCAAGGACCACCUCUUCCCAUAUGAACCAACCCCAGACCCUGUAAUCAUCAGCCGAGGCCCUUCGUCAUGAGGGGCAGAGGGUGGCAACACAAUAACAGCCUUUUCUGUGGUGGCUCCCCAUUUGUGGAAUUCUCUCCUCAGGGAAGCUCGCCAGAUACCAUUACAUUCCUCUUCUCCCCGGCCUUUUCUGAUUACAACCUAUGGCUUACUACGCUGUAGAGGGGUGCGUGUUUUGUUUGUUAUUAUGUUAUGUAUGUUUGUGUUUUUAUACUGCAAGCCACCCUGUGAUCUUCAGAUGGAGGGCAGUAUAUAAAUUUAAUCCAUCAAUAAAAUAAUAAAAUAAAGUGGAAGGACAGUCAUUGGAACAAUGAGUCAGAGAACGGUCAGAGAAGGCAGAUGAUGCACUUCUACUGAUGAUGCCAAGACCUUGUUAUAUAUUGCUGGGAAGGGAGAAAACAUGGCAGGCUUAGAUGAGGCACCUGCCAAGAAUCUAAACAAAAACUUGAUUGCUCCUCUGCAAAAUGAACAGAAACAGAUAGGCCAAUCUGGACUCCACACAGAUGCAACUAAGUCUACUGCCACCUAGUGACUAUAUGGUGAUACCGUCUUCAUGGGAGAUCACAGGAGAACUAGCGACACCAAGUUUUUUGAACAAAGGCAGAGAUUAAAGGUAAAGGGACCCCUGACCAUUAGGUCCAGUUGUGGCUGACUCUGGGGUUGCGGUGCUCAUCUCGCUUUAUUGGCCGAGGGAGCCAGCGUACAGCUUCCGGGUCAUGUGGCCAACAUGACUAAGCCGCUUCUGGCGAACCAGAGCAGCGCACAGAAAUGCCGUUUACCUUCCUGCCGGAGCGGUUCCUAUUUAUCUACUUGCACUUUGACGUGCUUUCAAACUGCUAGGUUGGCAGGAGCAGGGACUGAGUGACAGGAGCUCACCCCGUCACGGGGAUUCGAACCGCCGACCUUCUGAUCAGGCAGAGAUACAUGUGCAUUAAAUAACUGAAACAAUGACAAGCUUUCAUUGGUGCAAUCCAGUAAUCCUUGGGGUGGUAUCUCAGGGGGCUGGAGUACCCUGUAGACCCCUCACUCUUUGCAGCCAGGUAGGGACACUUUAUUUAUUAUACGUUAUUUAUUUAAAGCAUUCUUACCCUGCUCUGGAGCCAUAAGCUCCCAGAGCAGGUUAGGAGCAAAGACAGGAGUGCUGACUUGGAAACGUCAUCGAGAAGGCAGUCUGUACCCUCAGCUUGACAAUCCAAAAGGCGCAAGAGGAAAGGGGACUGGGAGGGAGGAGGAAGGGAGGAAGCUCAGGCACUCUUUCUUAGUUCUAGAGUUCUUGUAAUGACCGCUUGGGGUGGAAAUAUUUCAAAGGUGCCAAAUUCUGCUGGCCUUUGAGGAAAGGCCCUGCAGUCUUGCCCAUGUAGUUGCCCUUUAACUAGAGAUGCCAAGAAUUGCACCUGGGAAUAGAUGACCAUCGUGUGUCUCUUCCAACUCUACAAUUCAGUGAUUCUGCAUGCAGUGAACCGUAUUUUUCACUCUAUAAGUCGCACCAGACCAUAAGACGCACCUAGUUUUUGGAGGAGAUAAACAAGAAAAAAAAUAUUCUGAAUCUCAGAAGCCAGAACAGCAAGAGGGAAAGCAGCAAUCCCUCUUGCUGUUCUGGCUUCUGGGAUAGCUGCACAGCCUGCAUUCGCUCCAUAAGAUGCACACACAUUUCCCCUUUUUAGGAGGGAAAAAGUGAGUCUUAUAGAGCAAAAAAUACGGUAUUUGCUGUGACACUGGACUCCAGCCACUGCUUGGUCGUGCCAGUCUUUGGUGCUUGAUGGAGUUUUUCUUUUCUUUUCAAACGGCGGAAAUAAAAAAGGAAAGAAAGAAAGAGAGAGGGGGGAAAACAGCAGAGAAGUUAAAAUACAUGGUGUGUUUCUGUUUCUUUCAGAUGCAAUCUUCCACCUCUCACCAGUGAAUACAGCAAGGACGUUGGGUCCAAAACUCAGCUGGUAACUGCAAAUCCCAGCAUAAUUAAGAAAAGGUAGGAAACAGAUUGUUUGUUUCUUCUGAAAGGAACUGGCACGCCGAGCAAAGGGUGCUGGUGGGGAGAGAGUUGGCGUUUACGGUCACGGUGUUGGCAGUAGAAUAAUUGUAUUCCUCUGCAGGCAGCGCUGGAAGAGCUCGGCAGACUGAAGGCGAGAGCCAUUUCUCAUCUGAUGAGUUAAUAAAUCUUAGCACGGCUGUGCCACACUCCAGCAAACAUUAAAUUGCUUUGCAGCAAAGUGUCUCAAAAAGUAGGCGGGCAUGUUUAUGGCACAAGGACAGAAUGGUUAGGGUAGCAUAUACAUUGCUGGAUAUCAAGGGUGCAUCAGGUGCAAGACAAAUGAGUACCCGUAUCUUAAUUCCCCUAGAAUCUCAGCUAGGGUUGGGUGGUAUGUGGUUUUCAACAUCAUGAUAUAUCACCAUCCAAACAUUGUGAUAUACCGAUAUAUCACAAUAUCUGAAAUAAGGAUGGAGCUAUGUUAGAUGGCUGGCUUCAUGGUUUUUCUUGCCUUGGGAUUUUUGCCAGUGCCUGUUCUAAUCCGUUUCCCUCUGCUGGGGGCAGGGGAGAGCUGAGUUGGCAGAGUUAACAGGGACUGCAGGAAUCGAGAGAAGCAUUAGCUGGAUUCACGGUUUUCCCCAUAUUGUGAUUUCUGCAUUGCACACACACGGAAACACGCAUCAUGAUUCACAAUAUAUUGCCAGGUUAGAAAUUAUGAAACCGGUAUCAUGAUACGGACUUCAAACCAGUUUUGGACAAUAUACAGUGGUACCUCGGGUUACAUACGCUUCAGGUUACAGACGCUUCAGGUUACAGACUCCGCUAACCCAGAAAUAGUACCUCGGGUUAAGAACUUUGCUUCCGGAUGAGAACAGAAAUCGUGUGGCAGCAGUGUGGCGGCAGAGGGAUGCCCCAUUAGCUAAAGUGGUGCUUCAGGUUAAGAACAGUUUCAGAUUAAGAACAGACCUCCAGAACAAAUUAAGUUCUUAACCCGAGGUACCACUGUAUCAAUAUAUUGCCCAGCCCUAGUCUCAGCUUUUUUAAAAAUAUGAUUUUCAAACAAGUUUCUAGACCUUAUGGCUUCAAAUAUAUGUUUGACGGCAAAUUGAAAUUUCAUAAGUCAUAGGGUGGCUUAAUAAGUUGUCCAUGAAUUUGGGUUAGAGCUCAGUUCUCUGCAGAGAUCUAUGCUCCUCCCAAGCCAGAACGAAUUAUUCCUUAUUUCUUAUUAGGAAGAAUAAUAAUAAUUACCUGGCGAGAACGUAGCAGGCGAUUCAGCACAGCUUUAAAUUCUGUGACAUUAAAGAAGCGCAGCCCUUGUCCGGAAGAAGGCAUGAAAUGGAUUCUCCACUCCUCUCCUUAAAUAAAUACUUAGUAAUGUUGAGAAGGAACGGAUGACCAUAGAGCAGGAAGAAGACAGAUUAUUGCAGGCGUUAAGAAAGAUGUUCCAGUUACUUACAUUAAGAAUAACGGUGUGUCUUUAAGCCUCUUCUUUGCUGAAUGUCCAUAAACCCAUGAAAAACGUAUUUCUUUCAACUAAGUUUGGAUAAGAUCUUAUUUCCUCUUCGGUAUAACUGUUUGUCGUUUAACAACAAUUAAUAAUACUUUGCUGAAUCUGAUCCGGAGGAAAAAACAUUGUCUGUUAUUUGCUGGUUGAAACACUCAUGCCAAACACACUUAUUUAAUUUGAUGAAUGAUAGCUUGGCUCAAUUUAAUCUCUUUGCAGUAUUUGGUUUCAGUUAAUCUCUGUGCCGUAUCUCUCAGGCUCAUCUUCAAACGAUAGUUUAAUUAAGCAGUUGGUGGGUGUUCUCAAUUAAUAAACAAAUAUUAUAUCCUUGACCCUUGAUGUUGAUGCUAGACUUCGAACAAGGGAUUGUGGUUCCAUCAGACAUUAUUUUUUCCUUAUGCUGUUCAUUUCAAGGCUUGAGAUUAUACUCAUUUGAGCAUAUCUACAUGAAGCCGCUAGGAGAGAUCAUCAGGGGGUUUGGACUGGGUGUCCAUCAAUAUGCAGAUGAUACCCAGCUCUGCCUCUCUUUCAAAUCAGAACCAGUGAAGGCGGUGAAGGUCCUGUGUGAGUGCCUGGAGGCAGUUGGAGGAUGGAUGGCGGCUAAUGGAUUGAGGUUGAAUCCUGACAAGACAGAAGUACUGUUCUUGGGGGACAGGGGGCAGGCUGGUGUGGAGGACUUCCUGGUCCUGAAUGGGGUAACUGUGCCCCUGAAGGACCAGGUGUGAUGCCAGGGAGUCAUUUUGGACUCACAGCUGUCCAUGGAGGCGCAGGUCAAUUCUGUAUCCAGGGCUCCCUCUGACCACUCAUCAUCACCCUACCACCAAUCCCCUGGCUCUGAACCUUCUUCCCCUGGGUGUUCCCAAGGGGUUCCCCAGCAGCUGCCUCCAGCCACUCCUCUACAUGCAGCCAGUCCAUAGCAUUGAGGGUGGUGAGACAGUGCCCCAUUUGUCCUAAUGGAUCAUCUGCCAUUGUCCUGGCCUCUGCCUUUGGCCAAGGGGGAUGAUAUUCUUGAGAUAUUUUGUUGCCAUUUUAUUUAUUUGUGGACUACUUUAGGAUUUCAUUUUGAAACACAAAGUGGUGUCUAAGCUGUGGGUUGUAUUCAACCCAUUACAAUUAAUGGUCCUCAGUUAACCAUACUUUUAGUUCCAACGAAUCUGAGUAGAAAUUAGUUGACUACAACUAGGUAGUUUGACGCAACCCUGGUCUGUUAAUUCAUAAAUUUAAAGGAAGAGAUGGGCUUGUUUCCAGGUUCCCCCUCAUAUUCGUCUCACACAUUUCCUUUCUUUGACAGCCUGGAGCUGAGAAAACAGCCUCCCAACCAAAACCCACUUCCUUCCUCUUCUCCCCCUCCUUGCAUUUUUCAUUUCCAAAUUUCAGAUUGCAAACUGGAAGAGAGAGGGAAAGAGAUGAAAACUGAAUAACUUGCAGCAAGCAAGCUGGAGAUUUAUUUACUUCCCAACAUAAUUUUGCUUCUUCCUUCUUAUAUUUAGCAGCAGCUAAAUCUACUUGUCACCUGACCCCCUGACCCCCUAGUAUAUUUUCCCAUCUGGUGAUGAUUCAUCUGUGCUGCAGUUACCAUGUUUUGGAGCUGAAGGCAGAUAAGGCACAUCAGCACGUAAUAACAUUUCCCAGCAUUCAAUAAAGGGGACUGCUUGCCCUAAGGGACUGUAAAGCCUUGGGAGAAGGCGAAACUAUGGCCGAAUCCAUUGGAACAGUAGUUCCCAAUUAGGGGUCCAAGGAAUGUACCUGUGGGGUCCGUGGCCCCAUCCCUUGCCUCUCCCCAACCAAAUGUUCGUCAUUUUUGCAUCACAAAUUUUAGGGACUGUUCUAGCGCUGUGCUGUUUUUCAAUUUAUCGAUCCAAAUCACACCGCAAUAACAAUUUGACUUGGCAAUACGCGGCAAUAUAUCGCUCCUCACAUGAGGGAGAGCGGGGCAGCCAAUUUCAAGGCACCACCCCCACCCUCCUGAUCUCCAUGACUGCUCCUUCCCACAUCCCCACGCCUGAUUUCCAAUUUCGGACAUUGUGAUAUAUUGGACUAGCUGUGGUGUCCAGAUUUUUUUCAAAGAGGGCCAGAUUUGAUGAAGUAAAGGGCCGUGAGGGCCAACCAUAGGGCCAAACAAAGUUGUUGACCUUUUUUUAGGGUUGAAAUAAAUUGCCACAGGGGCCGGAUUAAACUGACCGAUGGGUUGGAUUAGGCCCCCGAAACUGACUUUGGACAUGCCUGUUUGUGAUGUUUAAUUGCUGAUAUAUCGCGAUGUUGAAAACCAGAUAUCGCUCGGCCCUAGUCUGGGAUUUUUUUUAGUAUACCUAAAAUCCUUUGCUUAUUCGGGGCCACCCCAAUUUUGUUUUUAAAAAAAUGCUUUGCAGAGGUAACUACCAUAGAGAAAUCAACGUUUUCAAAAGUAGGGAGUCCGUGGCUUAGCUUUUGAAAAAUAGGGGGUCCUCAGUAAUUAGCUAAUUGGGAGCCACCACAUUGGAGUGAAAUGGCACUUAGGCAUUCUGUUGUGGCAACCCUAACCCAGGAUUAAGGUGCCAUUUGGCAAUUAGCUUAUAUAUCUGAGUUUCUAACACUGUGACCCAUUGAGUUUGGACCUUCGAAAUAAUUUCAUGUCCAAUAUAUAUUUUUUUCUUCAGUUAACCUAGCAUCCAGUCAUGUGGCAGCUCUCCUAAAGCAAAGGGAGCCAAGUUGUGGGCCUUUGCUCUUAUAAUUUCUGACCAGGGGCCAUGCUUCCUGGGGCUGUAGGAAGUUGCCGUCCACAACAUUUGAAGGACAUCAUGUUGGCUCCCCCAUUAUAAAUCAUUUUUUGGUGCCUCACCCUCCAUUUCGUAGAUCCUCCCGGGGAUGGCCAUCUUAUUUGUAAAGUCUCCACACGUAUUCUGGAUGACUAAGACGCAAGCCAGCUGCUCCGUCGAGUUAAGCUACCAGAGUGCAAGACAUAGAAAACACGUUAGUGCAUUUGUCCCUGCUUUAUUUAAUUAGCAGAGGAUAAUUUUAGACUGCCUGUACUUUUGACUGCUCGGAGGGCUAGUUGCUUGCUGUGAUUUUCAGCUGGUGGUCGAAUUUUGAGCACGGUAUUUGAUCUCACCUGUCUGCCCUGUUCAAGGGCAGAACAUCUCAAAUCUUUUAUCUUGCUAAGGUAUAAGCACUGAGGUCCUAACUCCAUGCAGUCUCCCCAGUUCCCCGUUUGACUCAAAAACUGGUGCCAAUGUGGAGCAUUUGGGGGGAUGUUGAGGAAGGAGAGGAAGGAUCAGAUCAUUGCUAAAAACCAAGCUUUUGGUUAGCCGUUGUUGCUUUCUCUCUGUGUACGUCCUUUAACAUAUCACUUUUAGAAAAUUUUGCAAGUGCUAUGUCCAAAAUUAAUACUGUGACAAGAUGACCUGUGUGGCUUCUCGGUCACCUGCCCCAGUGCUAACUCUUGAUGGGCAGUUCUAUUUAAAUAGGAUGAACUGGACAGUCCUUCAAACAGAGGAUUUCUAACGUAGGACAAAUGACCCUAUUCAUUCUCCCCAUCCCCAUGUUUAUAUUUCCUCAAGAUGCUAAGAGAUCUAAGCAUUGAAAUAGCCAGACCAUUCAGUCUGUGAGGUUAUGUCAGGCAUGUCCAACUGGUCGUUUGCGGGUGUGCAGCUGGCCAUUCGCGGGAAGAUUGUUUUCCCCCCCAACAAACAAAAAAUAACUGUGGUCACUCCCUCCUAAAAAAGCUCAACUUUGGACACUGUCUCCCCAAAAAGCUUGACAACUCUUGGCAAUAACAUUGGUUAUAUCACUGCCAUUUUUAAAUACUAGGAGUAGAUCGCAGUCGCUUGGGAGCUGGACAUGACUGGGUUAUCCAGUAUAUCUGAAGGAGUGUCUCCACCCCCAUCGUUCUACCCGGACACUGAGGUCCAGCGCUGAGGGCCUUCUGGUGGUUCCCUCACUGCGAGAAGCCAAGUUACAGGGAACCAGGCAGAGGGCCUUCUUGGUAGUGGCGCCCGCCCUGUGGAAUGCCCUCCCACCAGAUGUCAAAGAGAACAACAACUACCAGAUUUUUAGAAGACAUCUGACGUCAGCCCUAUUUAGGGAAGCUUUUAAUGUUAAUGGAUUACUGUAUUUUAGUAUUUUGUUGGAAGCUGCCCAGAGUGGCUGGGGAAGCCCAGCCAGAUGGGCGGGGUGUAAAUAAUAAUAAUAAUAAUAAUAAUAAUAAUAAUAAUAAUAAUAAACAAACAAACAACCAACCAACAACAACAACAACAACAACAACAACAACAACAACAACAAGACUCAUUUAAUGAUCCCCUUGAGAGUGAGGCAUUGAGCAGACAGGUAGGAAAAAUUAGUUUUGAGGCAGACACUUCCAAGGGCAACCUCAACUUUAUUCUUAUCGUCUGUUGAGAACAAAUCUUUAGGAACAGUAGACAGAAAAUUAGGGGUUUGUUUCUACUCCUCAUCCCCUGGUCAACACAGAAAUAAAACUGCAUUAUGGCCAUACAACCCAAACAAAGAUGUGCCUGUAUACCUUGUUGUCUCCAUUCUUUUGAACUGCUUCUUCUGAAUUCAUCGUAGACAAAAAUGGAGGGGUUUUUGUGCACCUUGUGCCAAGCUGAAGCAAUAUUGAAUCAGUCUUAGGAAAUCACGUUAACAGUUGCAGGUUUACCCUCCCACCCACAGUAAGAAUACACACACACACAGAGAGAGAGACAUUAGCAAAUUGAAUACACUAAGCAACACAGCAACACGGACUGAUUUUGACAAUAACCAUUUGUGUCACUUCAGGGCUGAUUAGAUUUUCUGGUAAUUUUGGGAGAUAUAGGAAAGGAGGACUACGGUCUUUGGCCAGAUUGCAAGCAGAUUUCGAGUGGGCUAAGUUGAUGGAUUUGCCUAUUAGAAAGGGAAGGGAGAAAUUGCCUUCGUGUCUGGAAUCUUGAACAGGGAAUGCAUCACACUGCAACAUGGUUGUUGUGUGUCCCACUUGCUGCUGUUGUUCAGUUUUUCAGCCAAGGUUGGCUCUCAAGGAGGUUUUCCAAAAGGCAAUAUAAUCAGGGAUGUGGGGAGGUGUUGAUGGCAGCCCCCUCAGUAGUCAAUGUAAUUCAGAUUCCAGCAACUGGAAGAGAGUUGGAUGAAACUGUAAAUUUUGGUCUUCUCAGUUUGUCAUUUUUCCGCAUUUCUGCAGCAGUUUGCAGUUCUUGAAAAUGCACCAGCAUUCUAGUGUGAAUUUCUCUUAAUAAACAACUUUGGGCUAAUAUACGCUUUUUGGAAACAGAUUUUCCCCUGAGAUAACAUAUUCUAGCAUUGUUUUAUUUUAUUAACCUUGAAAAGGUUAAUUGAGACACAGCGAUUUAUUGGAUUGAGAUUUGUUUGCAAUAAAGAUCAGCGUUCUUCGUCGUAUCCUGUUCUGAAAACACAAGGCCCCAUCCUCCGCAAACUCCAGCCAGAAGCUUCACCUUUUAGAUGUACUGCUAAUUAAUCUCCAAUGUUUGCUAGCAAAUGCAAAGUGAGAUAUUCUCUCUCUGAAGAAUCAGCCUUAAUUAGCUUAACCGCACUGUUUUGCGAGGCCAUUUGAAUAAUGACGGGCGCUGAGCACACGAUCCAUCCUUCAAUUCAUAGAUGAAAAGGAAUGUGGGAAAGAAUGCUGAUUAAGGGAAGUCUGCGCAUUUUGGUUCUCACAUCCUUGGGGAAUCAAUGGGCCGGUUGACACAUUGCCAGGUCCAAGAAAGAACACAACAGCUUCAUAGGUCAGAUAUGGAACAUGUGGUUUACAAGGAGAAGGUCAGUUUGCAUCGCCAGUUCAAAGAGGAGUCAGGUAGUAGGUGGGGUGGAAGGACCUUGGAUAGCUCCUGCCAGCCAAUACUGAGCAAAAUGGACCUCACAUAUACACUAAGUAAAAGACUAUAAGUUUUACCACUCAUCUCCCCUUUUUCUUCUUCCCCAGUUUUAUUUUGUAUAUCGGGUCCUCCCUUAAAGAGGGCACGUUUUGCGGUGAGACCUGGCAACCAAACCCUGUGUUGUGGGUGGGUUUGAUUGGAUAGCCACAACACCCGAUUGGUAGGUCCCUUGAUGCAGGGUUCAGUCAGGUCAAUGGGACACAGGCUAAACAGAUCAAGGGACCUAUAUAUACCUAUACACAUGACCCAGACCUUCCUCUUUCAGUGUGUGCAUCGGAACACCCGCCCACCUCUCCCUAUUUUUAGGGCUUGUGCGCUUGACCUUGCUUUGCCGUCAUGUGUCAUCUGUCAUUGGGACAGGGGCACGGCAAGAAUUUUCCCCACUCGGCUGAUUGGCUGGUGCCAUUUGGGUUUCGCCUGCCGCGUAGCAAACCGUCACAACUUGUAAGGUUGAGGAUAGGCUCUGGUUCAGGUGAUAGGGAUGGGAGAACGCUGUCGUCAUCCCUAUGUGAAGGGUAUUCCGUUAAAGGAAUCCAGGGACUCAAUGGUUUGGUCAGCCCUGUGAGGGGGUUGUGCCCAUGCCUGAGUCCAGGGGGACAUUUUGGUGGUGGAGUUAGCCGGUUCCCGGCUUUCCGCCUAUCCGGGUGUUCACCCUAGGCUGACCUAUGCUGGUGCCCUGGGCCAGCGCUACCUGCAAGGGUGCAGGGAGCUAGUCGAACCAGAGCCUAUGCAACCACUCACUUGCUGUAAUCAAUAAAGUUGUGGCCUAAAUUCUGCCAAAAACCAAACCAAAAUUUGAGUCUUGUCUGUAUUUAAGGGGGAGGUUUAAAGGUCUGAACAUGCAAACGGCACUCUUUCACAUCAAAUGUAACUGAUCCAUAGAAAAAAAACUCUAUAACCUGAAAAACAAACAAUGCACGUACUUUUGUAAACUAAGAAAAAUCUUUAAUAAAAAUAAUAUUAAAAGAUAAUAAUAAUACUGAGCUAGAUGGGACAAGAUAGCUUUAGUGCAAAAUGGCUGAAUUAGAACUGAUCAAGAAAUUAUAUUACGUUGGUUUAGGCCUGAAUCAAGAUAACGGUGGUGUUGAGGGUGUUGGAGCAAGCAUUGGUCAGAGAUUGUUUUCACUGGCGAGGUCUGAGAUUGAAGCUUGGUCCUUCUGUAUGUUUCUGUGCAUGCCUGGAAGCUUUGAGUUAGGUCCCUGUCUAGGAAGAAGUAUGGAAAUCUGCCAUGGCUGGGAUUUGGUCUGGAAACAAAUGGGUUGGAAUGAUUCUAAACCAAGCCUAGGCUGACCCACUGCAGUCUGGCAGGUUCCUAUCUGCUCUGAAAAUAGCACAGAAGUCAAGGCUGAUUAUAGUGUGGGGACUUCUCUAGGCCUUGCUACAUAUACUUAGAGACUCUGUUAUAGUGACACGUGGGUUCCUUGAUAGCUCUGGAGGCCUUGGAGCAGAUGCAAACAUGCCUAACAUCCCUGAGAAGGAAACGUGUAGUGUGGACUCUGGGAUAUAUGCGCUUCAUACAUGUGAACAUGCCUUAUACUAAGCCAGACCACUAAACCAUGGCCAGUGUUGUCUACUAUUCUGACUGGAAGUGGCUCCAAAAAGAGCUGAGUCAAAAUUAUUUCGUAGGUAAUAAUAAUAAUAAUAAUAAUAAUAAUAAUAAUUUUAUUUAUUUAUUUAUUUAUUUAUUUAUUUAUACCCCACCCAUCUGGCUGGGUUUCCCCAGCCACUCUGGGCGGCUUCCAACAGAACACUAAAAUACAAUAACCUAUUAAACAUUAAAAGCUUCCCUAAACAGGGCUGCCUUCAGAUGUCUUCUAAAAGUUUGGUAGUUAUUUUGCUCUUUGACAUCUGGUGGGAGAGCGUUCCACAGGGUGGGUGCCACUACUGAGAAGGCCCUCUGCCUGGUUCCCUGUAACUUGGCUUCUCGCAGCGAGGGAACCGCCAGAAGGCCCUCGGCGCUGGACCUCAGUGUCCGGGCAGAACAAUGGAGGUUGUUUUUUCCCCCUCUUGAGAAAAUGUCACUGGUGGAAUCCAGCGGAUGGGUUCCUCCAAGUUCUACGUCCACAAACUGAGUGCGUUUCCAAGCACAAUUCAAAGUAUUGGUGCUGACCUAAAGCCCUAAACAGCCUUUGUCCAGCAUAUCUGAAGGAGCGUCUCCACCCGCAUUGUUCAGCCCAGACACUGAGAUCCAGCUCCGAGGGCUUUCUGGUGGUUCCCUCACUGUGAGAAGUGAAGUUACAGGGAACCGGGCAGACGGUCUUCUCAGUAGUGGCGCCCGCCUUGUGGAAUGCCGUCCCAUCAGAUAUCAAGGAAAUAAACACUUGCCUGACCUCUAGAAGACAUCUGAAGGCAGCCCUUGUUUUUAUAUCUGUUGGAAGCUGCCCAGAGUGGCUGGGGCAACCCAGUCAGAUGGGCAGGGUACUAUUAUUAUUAUUAUUAUUAUUAUUAUACAAGCUGGAGAAUUUCAAGAGGCACAGCUACUGUUUCAGAUAACCACCUUCCCCAGCCCUUUUAGGAGAACCUUAAGAUUGGGACUUUAUAUGUACAAAUGCAAGUGCAUUACCACUAAGCUAUGACCCCUGUUCCCAGUUUUUUGUGUGCAAGGAAGAUCAUAGCAUUUCAACCCAUGCCUUAUAUUGAAUCAAACCAUUGGUCCAUCCAUCUAGCCCAGUAUUGUCCACUGUGGUUUGCCACUGCCUGGAACUCAUGAAAGAGGCCACUCCCCCCCUAAGAUUUUUGUUCCAACUGUAGAUGCAGGGGACCAAAGACCAGAGACUUGGUGCAAGCAAAAGGGUUAGCAUUCUGCCACUUGGUCUAUCCACCACCCACACCGCCCAAUUUCUAAUAGCUCCUCUUUCUUUAAAAUUUUUCAGGGAAAUGUGUUCAUUUCGGAAUUUCCGAUUCGGCGCCUCCACUGCAGCGCUGCGAUAGAUUGUUAUUUUGCGUGCACGAUAAUUACUAUUUCCACUGGUGCUGACAAGCCUUCCCUAUGAAUAAAAUUAUGCAUCUCAGCAGGAGCUGCAUUUCAAAUCAAUAGCAGUGAUGAAACACGUACAGUUUGUUCCACCUGAAAACAUGCCAGCCCACCUGCAUAAAUUGAGCGCUUUGUAAUCUGCUGGAUACAUGGGUGGGUUUUUCGAAAGGGCAGCGCAGGGCUGUUGAUGAAUAAACCUUUUUGUCCACAUCUUGCAGGAAAGGCCCUUACUGAGACCAUGACUCCUUGUGAGAGAAGGGGCUGAUUCUUGAGAUCUACGGAGGGCAAUCCAAGGCCCUCCAGGGAUUAGGAAUCUCAUGCUUAUCAACUGAGCUAUCCUUUCAUUGGAUUCUGCUGCUUGGCAGGUUUCAUGGAAGCAGAAAUAGGAGAGUUUAGGCAGGGCAGAGCUACCUGCCCCAGCACCCGUGGCGGCGUGGGGGUGGGGCUAGCCGCCCACACAGCGAGCGUGGGGGGGCGCCAUUAGCUGCCCGCACGGUGAGUGUCCCUAGCUGCCUGCCGUCUGCCCGCAGAGCGUCAGGAAGGGCGCUGCUAGCUGCCCAUGAGACGAGUGCUGGGGGGCGCCACUAUCCACCUGCCGCAGCAUUGUCCCUAGCCGCCUGCCACCUGCGCGGUGAGCGUCCGGGGGUGCUGCCUGCGCAGCAAGUGGGGGUGGGGGGGGCACAGGCAUGUCACCUGCCCUCACGGUUGACACCCGGCGCGCACCGCACCUGCCUUCCUCCGCCAGUGAGUUUAGGAAGGCUGAUUUUGACCUUUGUUGCCCAGAAGUGGAAGAAGAAGAAGAGUUUGGAUUUGAUAUACCGCUUUAUCACUACCCUAAGGAGUCUCAAAGUGGCUAACAUUCUCCUUUCCCUUCCUCCCCCACAACAAACACUCUGUGAGGUGAGUGGGGCUGAGAGACUUCAGAGAAGUGUGACUGGCCCAAGGUCACCCAGCAGCUGCAUGUGGAGGAGCGGGGACGCGAACCUGGUUCCCCAGAUUACGAGUCUACCGCUCUUAACCACUACGCCACACUGGCUCUCGUGCCUAAAUGGAUUAGGCAACAGACCACCAGCAUCCACCUCUGAACUGCACUGAAUGGGAGAGAAUGCUUAAGAAAGGGACGCUGAAAUUUGCGUCAUGGGGCCCUGCUUUCACAUUGUUCAUAUUUAUUUAUCGAUUGCAGUUACAUCCCACAUUUUCUCGAAGGAGCUCAAGGUGACGUACAUAGUUCUCUUGCACCCCAUUUUAUCCUCACAACAACCCUGUGAUGUAGGCUAGGCUGAGAGGCAGUGACUGACUGAAGGUCAUCCUUGUGAGCUUCAUGGCCGAGUGGAAGACUUGAACCCUGGUCUCCCAGGUCCUAGUCCGAUGCGCUAACCAUGCCAGCCAUCCCCCAGACGCAUGUUUUGGUUUGGGAGCUGCAUCACAAAAUUCUGAGAAGUGCAAAUUUUUGAAGGGCAGCGGAAUUUCAGCUCACGUCUUGUUUUUGGAAGCAGAAAUUAGGAAGGUUUGCAUUAAGCUGCGACCCAAAAUAGAUUUCUUCCCCCAUCUUCACUACUCAUGGCUUAACUUGUAGGCAUGAAUUGUGCUGAGGUAACCCAAGGUUUGUUCAAGUGAAAUUACCACGUAGAAACAAAGCUGACUUCAGUCAGUAAUCACACAGCUCAAAGAUGGAGUUAACUCUUUAUUAGCAAAAACAUGAGCUCUACAGAAUUGGUUGAGUGUCAGGUCCAGGGCAACUCAUUCCUGGCGGUCUUCCUCCAUGAAAACCAGUUGUUGGGGCUGAAACUCCCAGCCUCCCCACCAGGGCUUUCCCCAAGCAAUCAGAGACUGUGCCUGUGUGCAGCCAACCUCUCCUCUGUCCCUUUCAUGCCUCUUCUUGUUCUGGGAGCAGGGAGGGGAGCUUGUUGCAGCAGGAGGGGGCAACACCUGUGACUCUUCAUCUGCCUGUCUCAUCUCUUCCUCUUGGGCUCCCACAUCCCACAUCCCACUCUCCUGCUUCAGCUUCUGCCUCUGAUUCUGGAUUUCUCUCUGCCACAGACUCUUGUAGCUCACUAUGUUUUGCUACCUCUUCAGCUUCUGACACCUCCUCUUCCCCGUCCUCUCCCUCUUCUCCCUCUGCCCACUGUUUGCGUGUCAAGGUCCCCAGGGCCACCCCAAUAACUCACACAUCACACAGAAUUUUUUGUUUAAGAUUUUUGGCAUAAUUUGGCCACAACUUUAUUAAAAUACAAAUUUGUGAGUGGUUGCUUAGGCAUUGGUUGCGACUAUCUGCCCCCACCAUGGGGGACAGACUGACAUUCCGCACGAUGCGAAAGUCAGAAUAGGGGAAUACACUUGGGGGUAGCGACGGAUCAGGGAACCUGCCCUCACCCCAAAUGCAACCAGGAGCUCAUUGCUAUGGCCUGAGUCCCCUUGACAGAGUGGACAAGCAAUAGUUAGCCCCCAAUUCCUUUAAUGGAAUCCCUUGCAGCAGCAGCAUUAGAGGGGCAGGCACAGCCAAUCCAUGCCCCUCAACCAACCAAACCAUAAACCAAUGCCUAACCGCAACCUUACAAGUUGUGAUGAUUUGCUACGCAGUAGGCAAAAACCAAAUGACUCCAGCCAGUCAGCCAGAUGGACAAAAUUCCUACCGGGCCCCUGCCCCAAGAGCAGAGGACCCCAUGACAGGCAUAGCAAGGUCAAAGCGAACAACCCUAAUUCUAGGGAGGGGGGGGACGGGCAAUCCGAUGCACGGGCGAAAAGAGGAAGCCCUAGCCUUGUGCAAGGAGUUUUAGCAUUUCUGGCUGUCAAUCAACAAAUGGCAACAUUAACUUCUUCCCAACAACAAGGGAAGCCCAAUCGCAUCAGUGGCCAACGAUCAAUUAGCCCUCCCCCAAUUUUGGAGUGUCCUGGCGGCCCCCACCGCAACACGUGCUCUCCAUGAAGGAGAACACGCUUUGUCAUCCCACCACCAAUCCCCUGGCUCUGAGACCUCUUCCCUUGGAGUUUCCCCAGCUGAUUCCUCCCACCAUUCCCCUGCUUCCAACCAGUCCAUGACAGCUGCCUUAUAUUGAUUCAGAUCAUUGAUCCACCUAGCUCAGUACUGCCUACUGGCAGUGGCCCUCCAGAAUGUCAGGCAGAGGUCUCUCCUAUCCCUACUUAGGGAUGCCAGGGAUCAAACCGGGGACCUUCCCCAGGCAAGGCAGGUGCCCUAGCACUGAGCCACAAAGCUUGUGUGGCUUUAAACCUGUCCCUGAGUUGACCCUCUUGGGUUCUGAAAUUCAGAGAGAGGUAAAGAGCCGGCUGAUGCAAUGCUUAUUAUAAGCUUCCUGGAGCUGCUCUCUCCUCCUCUCUUCUUCCACAUAAUAACAGUAAUCAAACACAGCUUAGCUCAUCAAGACAAAUUCCGCCAUUGCUCACAGGAGAUGCAGAGUUUCUGUAAUGACUCCUAUCACCAGCAAACUGAUCCAAAUGAUUAACGACGGAGUCAUAGCAGGGUUUCCAUUCAAAAGGAAGGAUUUCCAGGAAUUUUGUUUUUUCUAAGAGCAAAAGGGGAGACUUUAGAGGUAUUGAAUACCACGCAGGAUCCUAGGCGUUGCACCGUGGCAUUGAAACAGACAGGGGGAAUAUCUGCAAACAGGAAUGUUUACCUCUUCCCCGGGGAGCCUUUCCCCCCUGCAAAUGUGUUGUUGAUAUUGCAAGCAGGUUGUUGGCAACAGCCUUCCCCCCCCCUAUUUUAUUACUUAUUUACUAAAUUUAUAUAGGGUCGUAGAAUUCUAGAGGAGUAGUGAGAGGCACCAACUGAGGAACCCCCAUGGGACGAAGGCUCAGAGCCCAGGGAGUGGUGGUGGGACAAUGAUGAGUGGUCAGAAGGAGAAGACUAGGACAAGGUCUAGAUGAUGUCAGCGCAUUAGAACAAUAUUCGGAAUGCUUUCAUUUAAAAACAGAACGAAAGUAAUAAUGACAAUAGCAAACAAAACAAAUAUACACAAUCUUGCAUUAAAAAGGAAAAGUGAGUUAUUGUAACUUGGAAGUGAUCAACAACAACAUGAUUUCUUAUUUUUUUUAAACUAAAUUAUUUAAUGAUACAGUGGUAUCAUUAAAUAAUGAUAAGGUUAAGUACUUAAUUCGUUCCGGAGGUCUGUACUUAACCUGAAACUGUUCUUAACCUGAAGCGCCACUUUAGCUAAUGGGGCCUCCUGCUGCCGCCGCGCCGCUGGAGCACGAUUUCUGUUCUUAUCCUGAAGCAAAAUUCUUAACCUGAAGCACUAUUUCUGGGUUAGCAGAGUGUGUAACUUGAAGCGUAUGUAACCUGAAGCAUGUGUAACCCGAGGUACCACUGUAUUACAAUUAUAAAAUAGAUAAUGAUACAUUAAUCAACAUUUUAUUAACCUGCAUUACUUUAAGCACUUAUUAAACAUAACCACCAAUCAGAAGCGGAAGCAGGAGAGGAGGGGGACAAGAGGCAGCGAUGAUGAAGAAGCCAGGGGGUCUCCCCCUCCUGCUGCAACAAGCUCCCCUCCCUGCCAGUCUUCUCCCUCUGACCAUCCAUUGUCAUCCCACCACCUCUCCCCGAGCUAUGAGCCUUUCCCCCUUGGGGGUUCCCUAGAUAGGAACGCACCAUUCCUGUGCGUGCAGCCAGUCCCAUGAAACCAACAGAGAUUGCUGUGGCAUCAAAACCUUCCUCCUCCAUUGGCAUGGUACGGAUCCAGGCACCCUCUGUGCCCCCUCUGCUUGUUGAUGUUUUUAAAGGCAAGGCUAAAGAUGUGGAUCAUGUCAGAAGUCGUUUUGCCCUUAUUGUGGACGCAGCAUUUCUCAGGGGGUAUUUAAAGGGGAAAGGGGUUAAUGUUGAUGAUGCAAUAGUCAAGUUGCCUGCAUGUAUUUUGGAGCUGUUUGCUGGUGCAAAUGCACUGGUCUGCUGUUCAAAAUUUUGUUUUGGAAAUGAUGGGAUAUCUGUUGCCAAAUGAUACAAUUAUAUUAUCACUGAAUUGUUUCCAACGAAUAGUUCCAGAGCUAGGUUUGGAAGUGGUUUAAAAUUUACUGACAGCAACAACAAUAAUAAUUGCUAAAGCAUUGUAGAAAAACUCAAUACAGUACCAUCAAUUUUAAAUCAAUUUCAAAGGAUCUGGCAGAUAUUUUAGGUAACUUGCUGUCCUUUAAAUAUUCUUCCAUCAUUGUAACAUCACAUUGCUUUCCUCGAUAUAGCUCUGUAUAAUAGCUUACAAAUUGGUUUCUUAUCUCUUUUGGAUUAUCUAUAAUUUUACCAUUAGUGUUUAAUUUAUUUAUGCUACUCUCUUCUUGCUUCUUCUUUAACUGCCAUGCCAACAAUCUUCCAGGUUUAUUAGCAAACUAAAAAUAAAAAAAUGGUCUUGAAUUUGUUUUAAUCUUCCAAUCUAUUUCUUGAUUCAUUAUCAUCGAAAGUUGGGUUUGAAUCAGUUUAAUAUUAUACUUUAUUGAUUCCUUCCCAGGGUUUUUGACAAGUUUUUUCUCGUUUUUAAUCAGUUUCCCUAGCAAUUCCCAUGGAAUUUUUAUUAUUAUUACAUUUUGGAAUGAAUAAUGUGCAGGACAAUAUAUAUCAAUAUAAUUUAUUGUAAUAGUAGUUUGAUUAUGCUAUAUAUCUACACACACAUUUCUUUACUCCAUGCAUUAUUUAUUAUUCAUUGUCGUUAUUAUUCUAAUAAAAUAAAAAGGGACCAUUAAAAAAGUGAGAAGGGGAAGGAAGCAAUGUUGUUGAGAGUAGCAGCAUCCCAGAUGGAAAAACGGAAGACAGAGCUGUCAAGUGAGUGAUGAACAAGAGGAAGUAGCUAUCAGCAAUUGUCCAAGAUAACAAUGGAUCUUAUAAACAUAUGAGCAAAAGAGGUAAGGCCAAAGAAUAACGAUUUAGGGAGGAAAUCAAACAGCAGCCGGGAAAUAGAGUUAGGACCUUUUGGCAGGAAAUUCCUAAAAUAUCUGAGUGUCGCUGGUCCCUAGACUGAAAGAGAAACAAAAGCUGGAAUUGAGAGGAAUCCAUCCAAUUCCCACGUCAGUGGGGCAUUCCAUGUUUUGUUUAGCAUGUUCAUUUAUAGCAGGGGUGGCCAACUCCCAAGAGACUGCGAUCUACUCACAGAAUUAAUCAAUCAAUCUUUAUUAUGGUCCAGAGACCCAACAAGUCGUUACAAAGCAAUGCACAAUUCAUACAGCCUACCUCCAGGUUUAACCAGCAUUUUGUUCAAAAGACAGGGAUCAUUGGUUCUUGCAACCACUGAUAAAAACUUUGCCACUGCUAAUGUUCUAGCGUUUGUCCGGUCUUCCAAUAGGAACCUGAUAUAGUGAGCCUCUGAUUUUCCUGGGAAAGGUACCAGCAAGGGCAAAUCAGUUCAGCCCAGGCUUGCUCAUAUUUUGCACAGUGCAGCAAAAUAUGUUUUACAGAAUCGAUGUCUUGAGCACACGAGCAAAGUGUGUCCUGGUAGGGAACUCCUCUCAACCUGCCAUCCAACACUGCAGAAGGAAAGGCGUUUAGUCUGGCUUUGGUGAAAAGCCUUCGAUAAUUCGGUACUGUCAGGUUUUUAAUGUAAGAUGUUAACUUAAAGACAUGCCCAUAUUGUUCUCCUACUGCUGCAGAAUUAAAAACUGGCAGUGAUCCACCCCCUUUUUUGGAGUUCAGGAGUUCAGGGCAAAGUUGUUGAGGUAAACCCCAUCUUCCGUUCUGGAGGGCAGGGUGAGGGGCCGGGGCCGGAUGAUAUUUUACCAACGCUAAGGAAAGGGACCCAGCAAUCAACCGCGAUCUACCAAAACCUCCCAGGGAUCUACCAGUCGCGAUCGAGCUGUUGGACAUCCCUGAUUUAUAGCAGGGGAUGGUGAACCUGUGGCCCUCCAGAUGUUGUUGCAUUGGCCAUGUUGGCCGUGGCUGUUGGGAGUUGGAGUUCAACAACAUCUGAAGGGUCACAGCUUCCCCAGGCCUUCUGUAGGGAGGGAGGGGAAGCAAAGAAGCCUUGAAGCCCACCAGAGAGCUGCUUUCAUUUUUCAUUGAAGCAGAAACCACUCGCAAAGAACUUUAGAAAAUGUGUUUUUUGCUGUGCUUAACGAUGCCCAAAGGAACAGAGGCAGGCUAGAACAGUGAGGAGGUGGUUCUGGUGGAAGAGUUCCUCCUCUCAGACAAAACAAGUAGAAACUGAACCCACGUAACCGCAGCGUUAUCCGUUUUUUGUAGUAAAUAAGUGUUCUGGGCUAAUAGCCUGAGACAGAGCAACUGGGAGAGGCAGGAGCCUAGAUGUGGGUGGAUAAACGGAUAAACUACUGUUUGUGCUUACUUGGCUAAAUUAGUUUACAGUGAGGAAAAAGAGAGAGGAUUGUAAUGAUGAACUGCGUGGGGAAGACUGAAUGCACCGUAAAUGUUUUCCAAGGAAAGAGGUUGCCUUAUACUGCAUUAGACCAUUGGCCCACCUAGGCCAGCACAGUUGGUGGCUGUCAAGCAGAGGCCAUUGCGGAUUUGAUGAGGAAAGCCCUGUAGCUCAGGGGUAGAGCAUCUGCUUUGCAUGCAGAAGGUACCAGGUUCCAUCCCCAGCAUCUCCAGGUAGGGCGGCUGUCAGGGAACUCUGUGCAAAGUCUGGCAAGCUGCUGCCAGCUAGUGUCAGGUAGUGAGGUAUAUGGUCCAACAGUCUGCCUCAGAGUAAGGCAGCAUCCUAGGUUUCUGUGCCAACCUUGCUGACUGGUAUCUUUCUUUCUUAUAGAUGCCAAGGGUCACACUCAGCCUGCAAGGUCUAUAUUUGAUGGCCUGGUUUGAACACCAUGGUCAACCAUUGUUUAGCAUGACCUGAACAGCCCACCAUGAGCCUUGGGCUCACACACCCUCCAUCUUCCUCCAGCGCAGCUUCAGGGAGGAGUAUGGCAUCAUUUAUUUCCAGUUUAGAUUAACUGUAGCCGGUCGUGUCAUCCAAACGCAGCUAACUGGCUAAUGUUAAUUAUGGAGCUUAUUUGGAAAUUUAAAUUCAAACCUUGGCCUAUUAGCCUGCCUUGUUUAAGGAAAACGUAGUUAAUACUAACCACAGUUUAGAAUUUGGAGAUGACAGCAUGCUAAACUGUGGUUACUCAGAAGCAGGUGUUUUCAAUCUUGGCGGCUGCAAAAGAGGAGGGCAAGGGCCAGUGGUUUCCUGUGGCUCAUCGUCAUCAUGCUAAACUAUGGUUUAGUGUGGUGUCUGAACACAGCCUACGGAGGAGGCCCAAAUGGGUUGCUUCUGUGAAUGUACCGUCAAGAGCAACCUGAGUCUCCUCCAGUGGAUGCCUGGUAAAGGAGACAUGUGAUACGAUAUAAUGGUGUUCCACCUUCCUUUCCACCCAUUUAAUAAGAAAAGCAGCAACCAAUGAAUUGAAGUUGCAGUGAAGAAAUGUGGGGAACCAGUCCAAGAGAUCUGGAGGGCGCCCCAUUGGCUGGCUCUGGUCUAUACCCUGAGUAUUACAACAACCUCAGCCUCACAUGCGUAUAUAGCACUGGAAGUCAGGAGAACUAAAUAAACAGACUUCCCUGAAAUGUGUUGCAUUUGAGGUGAGAUACGAAAUGCCUGUUGAUAUUGGCCCAAUCUCACAUCCCCAACUGAACGACCCAUGUGCCCAUCGCAGAUACCACUUCUUGAUUUUGAAAGCUGUAGGCAUGGCAAUUAAACCCAUGGAAGGGGAGAAAUAAGGCAUACGCACACAUUACAGUGGUACCUCGGGUUAAGUACUUAAUUCGUUCCGGAGGUCCGUUCUUAACCUGAAACUGUUCUUAACCUGAAGCACCAUUUUAGCUAAUGGAGCCCCCCGCUGCUGCCGCGCCGCCGGAGCACGAUUUCUGUUUGCAUCCUGAAGCAAAGUUCUUAACCCGAGGUACUAUUUCUGGGUUAGCGGAGUCUGUAACCUGAAGUGUAUGUAACCUGAAGCGUAUGUAACCCGAGGUACCACUGUACUUGCUUGUGUGGGAUCCAAAAGAUUGGAUACCUACUGGAGCGUGCCAGAAACUGGGUUUGGUGAAGGGUCCACCAGUGGCUAUUAGCCAUGGCAACUUAGCACAGCCUCCACAAUCCAGAAGGUGUUCAUUGAGGGUGCCAAUCUCUAUCAGGUUUGAUUUGUGAACCCACGGGUAUCUAGCCAGAUACUACACUAGAUUGGAUUUACCAUUAGUCCUCCCCCCCAAAAAAAAUGCUAAUUAGAGAUAAAUCUGUAAUAUAAGCAGCAUGUAAAAUGGGAAGAAAUGGAAAUACCUGAGAGAGUGGGAAGCCAGGUUUAUUUUUUUGGGUGUGUAUUAAAUUAGUUUUAAUUGGAGUUGUCGUGUUAUAAAUUUGAAAAAAUGAAUAAAAAUUAAUUGGCAAAAAAAAGGAUUUACCAUUAGUCCAAUCCCACUUCAUAUGUGUUAAACCCAGCUAUUCCGAGAAUAUGACAUUUGCAUUUAAAUAGAAGCAAAAAAUGCACCUUCCCGAGCCAGAUGUGUUUCUAAUUCUGGUUCGCUUUUUUUUUUUAUAAUAGUAGCAAUGUUUUCUUAUUAAGCUCAGCUUCUCUUUUAUCUUCCUCGCAUAAUGUUUAUGUCAGGGCUUAUGAUGCCUCCUCAAGACUCUGAUGGCGCACAUGACCCGCAAAGUCGCUAUUUCAGCAUUUCAUAUAGUUAAUUACAGGAUGAGUUGAUGUAGGAGGGAAAGGGUAGCUAUGAGCAGCCUCAAAGCAAGCCACAGCUGGUUUUGUUGAAACCUAAAUGAAUAUUUGGAAAGCGCCCAACUUUCUAUUGCUUAUAGCAGGGAUAGCCGGCGGGAUGCCCUCCAGAUGUUAAUAGACUACAACUUCCAUCCUCCCUAUUGACCAUGCUGUCUGCAGCUGAUGGAAGUAGGUGUUCAGUAUCUGGAAGCUGCCACAUUGGCUACCACUAGCUUGCACAGAGGAGAUGUCAGGUCCAUAGAUUUGCUGCCAGUUAUUAUCUCUUGCAAAGCCUGUACAGUGGUACCUCAGGUUACAAACACCUUGGGUUACAAACACGUCGGGUUACAGACUCCGCUAAAUCCAGAAGUAGCACCUCGAGUUAAGAACUUUACCUCAGGAUGAGAACAGAAAUUGCUCGCCAGUACCUCAGGUUAAGAACGGUUUCAGGUUAAGAACAGACCUCCAGAACGAAUUAAGUUCGGAACCAGAGGUACCACUGUAUUGAGCUGUCCCACAUUACUUUGUGACGAAACUGCCAACCCAACUGCCAUCUUCCUCUCUAUUUGGAUUUAAAUAUUCUACUGGGUGAAUCGUGGAGACAACCAUUGGUCUACGUGUAACAACGUGGAGCAAAACUGGAAAGACAGGGCUAUCAGCAAGAGCAGAAGUCAAACUGUGUCUCCUCCUCCUCCUCCCUCCCUAGUUAUUGUUGUUGUUUAGUCGUUUAGUCGUGUCCGACUCUUCGUGACCCCAUGGACCAGAGCACGCCAGGCACUCCUGUCUUCCACUGCCUCCCGCAGUUUGGUCAAAUUCGAAGUUGGUAGCUUCGAGAACACUGUGCAACCAUCUCGUCCUCUGUCGUCCCCUUCUCCUUGUGCCCUCCAUCUUUCCCAACAUCAGGGUCUUUUCCAGGAGUCUUCUCUUCUCAUGAGGUGGCCAAAGUACUGGAGCCUCAGCUUCAGGAUCUGUCCUUCCAGUGAGCACUCAGGGUUGAUUUCCUUAAGAAUGGAUAGGUUUGAUCUUCUUGCAGUCCAUGGGACUCUCAAGCGUCUCUCCCUAGUAAGGUGUUGUAAAAACAACAACAUCCUCAUGUUUUAUGAAGUUUCCUUGAUCCAGGGGUGGGGAACUACAGGAACUGAUACUGACUUAAGGAACUCUUUGAGGAAUUCCAUGGCCGUGCAUGCUCUACUGUUGCCAUACCUGCGGCAUUACUAAGUAGCUCUUUAUCAUAUUUAACGCCAUGAUUUUUUUAUAUCAGAGGGAUGAAGUGGAAAGGCCUAUUAUUAUUAGUAGUAGUAGUAUAAUACCCUUCAUUCAAAGUUCCCAGGGCGGUUCACAACAGAAAAAUACAAAAUGAGAAUACUGAGUGACUGCUAAUAUUCUCUUGUUUGGACAGAACAGACUGCAUGGCUUUUUAGUUUCUGAUGGCCCAUAGCCCUGGGGUCUCUUGGCUGCCUGUAUUUCUUCCCAUCUGCCGAACUGGGCCCUGUGCCUGUUGAAAAGUUGGCUCCCUGCGUUGUUGUCUAAGAUAAUUGCAAACACCCCUUCUGUGUGGCCUUGCUGACCUGCUGGCACUUCCAAUUGCUUUGCUCUUGGUUGCAUCUGCUGCAAUUCCUCUGCCAGGAUGGCAAAUGAUGUGAAGAGACGAGGACAAGAAUCCACGGUAAUCCGCUGGGCAUUCAGCUCAUGCCAAAGCCCGUCACACCGAAAGUCAGUACGCAAAGCCCAAUGCCAGGGGAAGAAACAGAACAAAAGGAUCAGCUUCCUGUGUUAACUUAUAGAAUUUGCUCCAUCGGGAGCCAGUGAUGGCCACCUACUUGGAUGGCUUUAGAAGAAGAUUAGAGGCAUGCAUGGGGCUUACGUUAUCAGUGGCUCCUGGCCACAGUAGUGAUGUUCUGCCUUCACUGUUGGAAGCAGCAUGUGUCUGAAUAUCAGGUACUGGAAACUGGAGGAGAGGCAAAAGCGCUCUUUGCAGACAUCCCACAGGGAUCUGGUUGGCCGCUGUGAGACUGGGAUGCUGGACCUGUUGGGCUGCUGGCCUGAACCAGCAGGGCUCUGUUUGUGUGCUCACAUUCUCCAUUUCUGCAAAGGGUAAACAUUAGGAUGGGGCAAUGUCUGCUUUUCAACAUCGUCAUAUAUCACUGGCUAAACAUUGCAAUACAGUGGUACCUCAGGUUAAGAACUUAAUUUGUUCUGGAGGUCCGUUCUUAAUCUGAAACUGUUCUUAACCUGAAGUACCACUUUAGCUAAUGGGGCCUGCUGCCGCGCAAUUUCUGUUCUCAUCCUGAGGUAAAGUUCUUAACCCGAGGUACUAUUUCUGGGUUAGCGGAGUCUGUAACCUGAAGCGUCUGUAACCAAAGGUACCACUGUGUACUGAUAUAUCAGAAUGGAGCUAUGUACAGUGGUACUUUGGGUUAAGAACUUAAUUUGUUCCAGAGGUCCGUUCUUAACCUGAAACUGUUAUUAACCUGAAGCACCGCUUUAGCUAAUGGGGCCUCCCGCUGCAGCUGCGCCGCUGGAGCACGAUUUCUGUUCUCAUCCUGAAGCAAAGUUCUUAACCCAAGGUACUAUUUCUGGGUUAGCGGAGUCUGUAACCUGAAGCAUAUGUAACCCGAGGUACCACUGUAUAGGCAUUAGCUGGCUUCAUGGUUUUACCCACAUUGUGAUUUUUGCAUAGCUCGCACACACACGCACGUGCGCGCGCGCGCACACACACACACACGUACAAAAAAUUAUUUACGAUAUAUUGCCAGCUCAAGAAUUAUGAAACUGAUAUCACAAUAUGGAUUUCAAUCUGGUUUUAGAUGAAAUAUUGAUACAUCUCGCCCAGCCCUAGUAAACAUGAUGAAAUGGGAAAACAGAAACACCAGGGGAGGGGAGGGGGGAGGUCUACAUUCUAUUUUUUGAAUUUAUAAAAUACUGUGAUUAUAAAAUUUGAAAAUAAAAUAUUUUUUUUUAAAAAAAGGAAGCAGAAACACCAACCUGAUUGAUAGAGCAGAAACAUUUCAAUCAUAGCUAUCAGUAGGUACAAUUUCUUUCCAAAUCAGCAUUUGAAUCUAGGGUGUAAACCAUUUGCUUUAUUGGAAGUGUUAUAUUUCCCCCCCCAAAAUCUUCUUUGGUCUCAAAAAGCCUUCUCCAUCAGUACUUCAAGGCCUUUUCAAACUGUUUUGAAUUGAUUUUAAGGCAUUGACUUGUUAUUCAUCUCCCCCCCCCCAUCCCUGCCCUUGCUGUUUUUGAACAGGUUCCAGAACCUUCUUUGGUCCCGAAAAGCCUUUGUGGACAGUGUUAAAGUCUACAACCAGAGCUACAUCUAUAUGCCGGCCUUCUCCAUGAAAGCGGGGACAGAGCCCUCUCUCAGGGUCUACUACACCCUAGCAGAUGUUGGCGCCAGGCAAAAGGUGAUUUUCGCCAACCCAAACUUCUUGCGCAACAUCGGAAAGUUCUGGAAGAACAAAGGAAUCCAUGGAAAGCGGCUGUCGACGGGCCUCUUCCUGGUCAGUGCAGCCCUGGGUUUGUGUGAAGAAGUAACGAUUUAUGGGUUCUGGCCCUUUUCGAUGGACCUGCAUGGGAAGUUUAUCAGUCACCACUACUACGACAACAUCUUGCCGGAUUCGUGGUUUCACGCUAUGCCGGAGGAAUUCCUACAGCUGUGGUUUCUCCACAAAAGUGGCGUGUUGCGAAUGCAGCUGGAACAUUGCGAAGCCUGAGAACCUGGGUCUGAGGGAGUUGGUGUGUCUCGCCAAACGAACAAACUGGGGAAAGGCUGCGGGGACUCAAAACCCAACCUUAAAAUGGGAUUUGCAUGGAAUGCUACAAUAACAAUUGCUCCAUUGAUAACUUGAAGAUGGACAGAGGAGUCGGAGUCCUCAUGGGCAGUGGUUCAUGAGGUGAUUGGUUGUUAUCUCAGCAAAAUGGCGGAAUUUGACUGGGUGUUGCCAACGUUGCGACUCAAGAGCAUCAAGCAGUUUGAAGAGGGGUAGGGGGUAACAAAGGGCUUUUGCUGAGUAUUUCAUAUUGCUCAGAUUUAAGACUGGCAACCCAUUCAAUUGGGGAUAUGGUUUCCUUUUGGUUUCCUUUUUUUUGUUUCCAAAGCUGGAUUUUGAAAGGUGCCUGGAGUCAACCAUUCCUGUUUCUUUCAGGGAGUAUUGAACAAGUCAUAGGACAGUGCCAAUUUUUCUCUCCUUUUUUUGUUUCGUUUUGUUUCGUUUUUAAUGAAAAUGACAGGUUACUCCUUUCAAGAGCAGUAUUCUCCAGUCCUUGUAGCAUAAACUGGGAAACCUUUUUUUUAAAAGAAAUGUGAAUGUUUUUUAAGCAAAAUAUUUAUUUUUUGAUGAAACAAUUGCCCGGUCUUUCCACACAGGCCUCUUGCUGUAAGGUAAUAGUUGCUGUCGAGCAGUCCAGAUUGCUCUUGGUCAUAAAACCCAAACCUAUUUGAUCCCACGGUGCAGAACUAGGCACAAUUCUGAGCUGGCCUCGCAUUGUCAAAAUGCCGAGUAGCUGCACAUUUGAGAAGCAAGAAUCUGGCCUGGUUGAUAGACCCAGGGCAGUCAGUUCCUGUUUUUGUAGACACUUAACUGGAAGCCAAUUUUGCAAUGCCUGAAAGUUGCGUGCUGGGUUUCCAGUAUGGGCUUCAUCCUUACAUUCCUUUGCAUUCCAGGCCCACCAAGAAGGUGGUGCAUUGUACUUAAGAAUCAGAACUGCUGUUCAGACUUUGGGGAGGAACCACAGGUUCAAUCUCCCAGGAUCAAUCUCUCCGAAAUAGAGGGUCCUAGGUUGCAGUAGGAAAGGACCUUCUUGCGUGAACCCACAAUGGUGGCCUGGCCAUGUAUAAUGCAUACUUCACUUUGCAAUUGUAACUUUCUUUGAUUCAUGUCAAUACUGUCUUAUUUUGACCACGGUUUGUGCUUAACCCAAACAUUAGCCUUCUCAUUCCUUCUCCCUGGCCACCCCCAUCAAAAUGACGGAGCUGAUUGAUUCAGUUUAAAACUAUAUAUGUGAAUUUUGUAGCUGCAGUGAGGAGCCGUAAGCCAAGACCGAUGGUUUUCUCAUUGCAACACUUUGCCUAAGUGUCAGAUGGGCGCAAGCUGCCAAUGGUGAUGUCACAUGCAUAUUUCCAGCCCUUGAAUACCUGCCAUUCAUUUCAGCGGUGCUUGCAAAGGGGGAAGCGUUUCAGUGAUUUCUUCAUACUGGAAAACAGCCACGUCUAGGGUUCGUCAAACUAAUAAGACCCUGAGCGUGAACGGACAGUUAGACAAAGCUAAGGGCUUAUUCCCAGAAACGCAUGUAAGUCAGGUGCACAGCAGGGCAAGAAAAUUGCUCCCCAAAAUUCCCAUUUUUGCGCCUGCAAAUUAUGGUGUUGAAUAUUUUCUAGUAUUCUCUGGAUGCUCCCAUAUUUUCCGAAUCUCCACUGAAUAUUAAUUAGGGAUUCAGCCUCUGAUAAAGAAAAACAAAGAGCAUAUGUUUCCCCGCCCUCACAAUAAAAAAAUAUAGCUUUAUUCAUGUGCAGAAUUAAGCAACCAUUUAUUUAGUUUUACUUGAUCUAAAUCUGCAUAUGAAUAAAGCAUUACUUUUGGAUGAAAGGGUGUAUUUUAAGAUGGCAUAUGCUACAGUAGGUGCCACCUUAGAAGUGAUGUUUUUAUUCUUUAAUUUUCUUACUACAUUCUGCCAAGGAGCAUACAUGGUUCUGCUCUUCCCAACUUUCACCCUCGUGACAACCCUGUGAGGUAGGUUAAGCUGAAAGACUGUGACUGGAGCAAGGUCACGCAGCGAGCUUUAAGGCUGAGUGGGGAUUUGAGCCCUGCUCUCCCAGGUCCUACUCUGACACUCUUUUCAGUGUGCAUGGUCCUCUGUGUGCAAGUGACAGAGGCAUGCCUCUUCUAAGUAGUUAUAACAAAAACAAUUAACUUUUUUAAAAAAAUUAGUGUUGACCAAUUAACCAGGGAUGCCUUUUUAGUCAGUUCAACAUCAGUUUAGCCUAGCCAGUUCUUCAGUUAAAAGCUUGUGACUCUUAACACAUAUCUGCACUUGACUUUCCACGAUAGUUGGUUUGAACAUUUGAUAUUUUUCAGAGUUUGAUAGUUGACAUGUUCAGAAUGGUUGGUGGGUGUUUUUUAAGCGCUUCAGGCACUUUUAAGUGCUUGGCAGCAUAUGAGAUUUCAUAGAAGGUGCUGCUUGCCAGACUAUGAUACUUGAGGAGCACUCAUGUUUCAGAUGUGGAGGUAGAAACUUCUUACAUACAGAAUGUGGAUUCAGUUUUCAGAUGUGAGAUUUUUAUGUUCAGGAUUUGAAAUAGAAAUUGGGAAAUUGUGAGUUCAAAAUGUUUACAUUCAUUCCAGUUUGAGGAACAUCGCUUUUUAAUUACAUUACUAGUUGCAGUGGCCAACAUAUGACAGGAUAAACCUGUCCCCCAUCCCAAGUGUGGCUCCCACUUUGGAGUAAUUUUCUAAUGUGAGAAGCAACAACGUGUUUGGUUUUGUGUUAAUUGAUAUCGCGCAUAUCUGGUGAUAACGAGCUUAUCUGUAGUGCUACAUGGUCAAUAACCACUCGCUGAAAUUAUUCAUAUGAGAACACCAGAAUAAUACUGAGCCAAAAUUGGGAAAAUCUUAGGGGCAUUUUCCCUCCAUGAAGGAGGCCUCUCUCCUUUCAGUGAUCUUCAGGGAAGCUGCAAAAAGAGUUUGGAUCAUGGCUUUCUCACCAGCAGCUACUAACAGCAAGGACGAUGCUGUCUGCAGUUUCCUCGGAACUGGCUUAUUUCACAUCAUCGCAUAGCUGAAUCUGAUUGGCUGGGUGGCCACCACCCCAAAGCCAUUUCAGAGAGAGGACAAGAAGGAUCACACCUCCUCUCAAUUGGCUUUGUGAUGCAGUUUGCCACAUGACAUGUUGAUAGCAAUGUGAAUCCUGAUUGGUUGGAAUUUCAGUCCCAAGAAGUAAGCGCUGCAGCAACAGCCAAGAGCCGUUUUGAAUAUCAGUGAUCAGGUGUGAAAAGGUUAACUUGGGAGUGGGGAAAUUUUGGUUCCCAGAACCUCCCCCCUUUUUUGUGUGUGUGCAAAAAAGUCCACUGGGGAAUUUUCAGUACAGUAUUACACUCCAGUCUAUUCCAUGGCUUGCUGACUUACCUAAACAGUUCUUUUUUUUUAAAUGAGGGGUGGGUAAAAAAAUGAGCAGGCCAUUGGGGGACCUUUUCACUCAAACCACCUUGAUAGCAUUGUUAAUAAUGAUAACUUUUUAUUUAUACCCCACCCUUUCCGGUUCAGAAAACCGGGCUCAGGGUGGCUAACAACAAAUUUAAAACACUUACUUGAUGCAACAAAACCAGCAUAAAAUACAGUGUAAAACAUGAAUAACAAUAAAUUCAGAAUUCAAAAAUCAGUUUGUGGAAAAAUCCAUCCAAUAAACAUUAGAUGAUCACCAGGGCUAGCUGGCUAAAUUAGUCCUAUUUGGGCCAGCGAGGAGACCAGGGGAGAAUUAGCUGUGGGAACCCAGAGCAGGUAAUCUUCAUAAAAAGGGAGGGGGAGGGAAGGAAGGGGAAUAAAAGAUCAUGCUAAGUUCAGAUUGAAAGCCAGGCGGAAUAGCUCUGUCUUACAGGCCCUGCAGAAGGAAGUUAAAUCCUCCAGGGCCCUGGUCUCCUGGGACAGAGCAUUCCACCAGUUCGGAGCCAUCACUGAGAAGGCCCUGGCCCUGGUGCAGGAUAAUCUGACUUCCUUAGGGCCCGGGACCUCUAAACUAUGAUUAUUCAUGGACCUUAUGUCCUCUGCAGGGCAUACCAGGAGAGGCGGUCCCGUAAACGCUAGGGCCCUAAGCCACAAAGAAGCAGUAUAUAAAUCCAAGAAAUGGAUAAAUAACAUUUUAAGGUCCCCACCUCUGCCUUUAACCGUAUACCUAAAGACAUAAAACGUCUAGAGGACAAAUAGGUGUUUGAAAAAGUCUCUAUCCUAUAGGCACACAUGCUAGGGACCUGGGUUUGGAUACAGGUCCUGUUGAGUGAGCAGUAAGUUGCAAGACUGGGUUUGUUACCGAUACGUGUGAAAUGAUCCUGACUACACACAUAUUGUGGUGGAAUGGUCAGCAUCUGAAUGAAGUGGCAACACCUAGCUUUCUUAUUCCUAAAUUUCACUUACUGCUCAUGUACAUGCUUGAGAAGAUACUCCGUGCCAAUCUAAGCUUCAGAGAAAGGACACGAUACAGCCUCCUCAUAUUGUUCUGCUUCAGAAUGCUGGGGAACAGUUGCCCCAAUGUCUCACUGCAAAUUUAAAAGCAGCAGAUCAGGGACGUAUUAGAACCUCUUGGUCUGCUAGCUUUCUAUGAACAGGGAGCUUUGUGGAGGGAGGAACUGCGUUAUACUACACUAUCCACACACAACACUUAGCCAAACCAAAGAUUGCACCCGGCGGGUAGUGCCCCUGGUUCUGCUAAUGCUAUCAGUGGCUUAGCAUUAUGCUCAAACCUUGGCUUAUGGCUUGUCUCGCUCCAGACAACACACUCGUCGUAAGCAAGGCUUACAAAACCCAUGUUUACAAAAACCCGUUUUUUUUCUGGGGGAGGCGAUCCACAAGGCUGGAUCAGCCCAUCAUGCUAAGCACUAGGUAGCACAACAGCAGGCUUCCUCAAACUUGGCCCUCCAGAUGUUUUUGGCCUACGACUCCCAUGAUCCCUAGCUAGCAGGACCAGUGGUCAGGGAUGAUGGGAAUUGUAGUCUGGAGGGCCGAGUUUGAGGAAGCCUGCACAACAACAGCCAGAACUCAGAUAAUUGCUGCGUUCAUGAUCUUUGCUCUGGGAACUUGAGAUUCUUCAAAAAAUAUAUAUAAAAAUAUUUGAAAGUGACAUUUGCUCCGGGAACUUGUACAUUUGCUCAUCCACACUAAACCAUGGGUUGGCUCCUUGUGAGCUGGUCUGCAUUCUAAGGUGGCACAGUCUCUGAAGGGCUGAGCUUUGGGCGGUGGAGGCAACUCUAAUUGGUAAAGUGCCAAUUAAGCCUGGAAGUGUAGAGGGCCUUUCUUUUCUUUUACAUUUUUGUAGUUGGGUUUGCACACCAAAAAAACGUGGCUGGUGUACACAUGUCGGAACAUACGUAUCUCCAAACGUCAAAUAAAAUAGCAAGGGUACUGAGAGUUGUUAAGAGACCCUUAUUCCCCGUAAAGGUAAAGGACCCCUGACCGUUAAGUCCAGUCUCAAACGACUCUGGGGUUGCGGCGCUCAUCUCGCUUUACUGGCUGAGGGAGCCGAUGUUUGUCUGCAGACAGUUUUUCCGGGUCAUGUGGCCAGAAUGACUAAGCCGCUUCUGGCGAAACUAGAGCAGCGCACAGAAACGCCGUUUACCUUCCCGCCAGAGCAGUACCUAUUUAUCUACUUGCACUUUGACGUGCUUUCAAACUGCUAGGUUGGCAAGAGCCGGGACCGAGCAACGGGAGCUCAUCCUGUCGCAGGAAUUCGAACCGCUGACCUUCUGAUCGGCAAGCCCAAGAGGCUCAGUGGUUUAGACCACAGCGCCACCCGCGUCCCCUUAUUCGCCUUACAAAGCUACAAUUCCCAGAGUUUACUGGGAAGAAGGAUUAUUGUUAAACAACUCUGGGAAUGGUAGUUGUUUGAGGGGAGCACCCUUAACACACUACAGUUCCCAUAUCCUUUGGAGGAAGCCGUGACAAAGUGCCAUCAUAGUACUUUAAAGGUGUUGUGCAGGUGUGGCCCUAGUUAUUGUUUUGCGUACACACUGUGAAAGCAAAGGCUUCAGGCUUCAACCAGUUGGGGAUGGGUCAUGCUUGGAGGUUGCAUCUAAAGGUCCCCUCCUUCCAGCAGAAGGAGCACAUCUGUCCACGAAAAGUGAGAUGUUCUCAGAGAAGGGCUCCUGUUGGAGGAAACCUCCUUCCACCAGAGGAAGGGAGUCUUUGGAUCUCGCCCAUAAUUUGCACACAUCCCUAAGAUCACAGCUCACCAUACCGUUGGAUGAUCUUGUUGAGUCUGGAAGUAGGGAAUUGCAAAUGGGAGGUGCUGGUGUAUGAAAGCAGGAUGAGGCCACAAAAGGCUGAGAAUGGUUUAGGAUCAGCCUUGGGUGGUUUAUCAGGAGAGAACUGGGUCAGAUUUUCCAGAGCUGUACAUAACUGUGUUGCUGAAUGUAGCUAAUGCCACGAUGCAACACAAGAGACGAUGUAGUGUGCUAACUGGUGACCAAAUGCUCCCCCCCCCCUUGUUUCUGAUGUUCCAAGCCAAGAAGAUUUUUAUUCUCCUCUCUCACUUGGGAACACCCCCCCCUUUUUUUGCUUUCGUUUACUGUGAUCUUUGUAGACUGCCAUCCUUGGCUUUUCUCUCUUUGAUCAUCCUCAGCCCAAACUGUAUUAGAGAAAUAAAGCAGCCCUUAAGGGCUGCUUUUUUGAGGGGGGGAGGGGAGGAAUAAUUACAAGUCAAGUGAAAUGUAAAAAAUAAAGUAGAAAUGAAAUGUUGGCAGCUUACAUAAUGUUAGCCCUUCACUUUGCAAUCAGCAAAUUAUAUAAGGAACCCCGUUCCGUGGCUGCUCUGGUGUUCAUGUUGCCUAGAGGGCUGCUUUCUUUUUGACUCUUACACAGGCACAGAAUAGUCCCAGGACACUAAUAAAUGAAAGCUUUUGUGGAGGAAUCUCUGAGCCUUGGGACACUGUCCUGGCUACACACUUCUGCUGUCUCUGCUUCACCCUGUCAAGCUUUUUAGACCUGGCUGGAAUGUGUCCUUGAGCUCUUGGCAAUGCCUGUUGCUUGCUUGGAUGAAGCGCAGAGAGGGCUCCUUGUUUGUGUGAAUGGACGUAAAAAGCAGCCUACUGUACAAGGGUGAAAUUUGCUCCUGGUGACCCAUGCCUCUGUCCCUGCCUGCCAUGCCAUGUGGCUCCCUGGAAGGUUAGCCAGACAACAACGCGACCCUUGGCUUGGAAAAGUGCUGCGCACUGGGAAAGGGGUGCGAUUGAACUGGUAGGCAGCCUUCAUUCCCCUUGACAGUUAAGAGCGCUUGAAUGUUCACUGCAGUACGAGGGAAGGGGGAAUUUGCACUCCCCCGCCGCAUGCGCAAAAGCGCUUGAGCAUGCCUGCACAGACCAAACUUAGGAGCCUCCUACUAGUUCUUUUGAUAACUUGCAUCCAGCUUCUAAGCAUUUUGUGGGUGUUGUCCCCAGUGGCAAUGCUAAGCUAGAAUCAGCCCACAAUGAACAUUCUGGUGGCCAAUAAUUUCUUGAUCUACGGCGAGAGGGGGUUUGAUGGUCAUGUGUAAUUUGGAAAAAAAUUGGGGGACGAAGUAAGGAGUAUUAAUGCCCACCAUGCCAUUGAGCCGUCUGUCUUUAUGGUUCCACAUCAUUCUGUCCCCACUCAGUCUAAUGGAGGAGCUGGUUUGUUGAGACAACGCUUUGCGUACCUGUGUCGAUCCUUCCCAUAAUGACAGGCCACUCCAUGCAUCCAGGUGAAGCAACUAAGGGGAGCCCACAACGGUGUCUGGUCUAGCAUAUCGUGCGCAUGGAUCCUCGCUGCUUGCGUGCAUGUAUCUUAGCGUGCAUGGAGCUCCCCCAUAAAGAUGACCGAGAGAACCCUGGCAAGUUGAAGAGCUCCGCAUGGGCAUCAGAGCUCCUCGCCUGCAGGGAAUUGCUGGAACAGACCAUGGGAGCGUAAAACACAAAUUAUAUCAGAAUUGAUUGUAGGUCCCUUUCUAUAAGCAAGUUGCAUUGCAGGGGGCUGGACUUAGAUGGCCCUCCCACCUCUUAUCAUUCUAAGUGAUAACUUCCAUCUAAACGAAGGAUACACAAUAGUGUCUUUUGCUGAGCCAAUUUGUUGUCGGUGUAAGAGUCUUCCUUGGUUGAUUUCAUUCUGUCUGGAUGUACCUUUGUUCAAUAUGAAUUUAUCACUCAAUUGUCCCUUAGGAGAAAUUUCUGGAACAAAAAACUUUGAGCCUGCCAGGGGCCAUUGAGUAUCAUUAUUAAUAAAAUACUACUUUUACACAGUGUGGUUUUUUUACUGCGCAAAGCCUGUCCAAAUUCCUCUUGGUUCCAUUUCACAAAAGGGGAAGUGAGGAUGAGUGAACUGACUGG